CACCUAUUUUACACACGGAAAUCACGCGCUCUGUUUCCUCACAUGGAAACAUGAGCCGGCAUGAUAGCGUGAAUGGACACCCGGCAAGUAAGUGGAGGGAUGAAUGUCCAUGUGAAUGUAUAUUUAAGUCAGCCUGUAGGGCUCCCAUUGUGCUCCCUUGGUUAUCCUAUCCAACAGAGAAGGAAGAAGGAAAAGUAGCGCUGUUCCGCGGGUAAUAAGCGACGCUGGCGGGAGGGAAAUGUUUGGCGUGCAUGCAGGUAUGUGUGGCUCUAUAACCGGCCCGCUACUAGCAUUUCCACUUAAAAAUGGCUCAAAUGAUAGAAAGCUGGGAUGACCGUUUUAGAACCAUUUUCAUUUUAGGGGGGAUGCCAUCCUCCCUCAACUCGAGUUAUGUGUGUACAAGCACAGAUUAAAGAGUAUCUUGAAGCGCUGCAUGGUCGAGCAGUAUUUUGAAAAAGCUGCCCUGUGGUCCUGCACGACGGACCGCAUGCUGGUGGUGCUAGCUCUGCUAACGGUCGCCACCGUAGACUGUAUAUACAACUUGAUUCCGCCUCCCGCCUGUAUACGGAUUUGAAGCCAAAAAGCUCUUGGUAUUUCUGCGAUUUUUCUUCAUUUCCUGAAACCAACAUUACGCAGUAACGUUAUACACAUUCGGUGAGAGAGUCGCUGUGAUGACGCUUGGCUCAAACAGCGUAUCCCCCGGGUAAGCUAUGCAAUCCCUGAACGCCAGUAGGCUGUAUCAGGUGUCAGUCAUAGAAAACAUGAACCCCCUAACAACUUUUAAAAAUGUAGCCUUACAGAAAAAAGAGGACUUGAGCACAAACCAGUCUUACACGACGGACGGCAUGCUGGUGGUGCUAGCUCUGCUAAUGGUCGCCACACUCAGCACACCAAUUUGAUACACUUUUCCCUGCAGAGAUUGGGAUCCUGUGUUUGGCUGUGUCAUAUUAAGCCUUCUGUGUGUGUAGACUAGAUUGGAAGUAGUGAUUUCAUGCAGUUUUGGUUCUUCUGCAUCACUUUUUGAAGCCUUUAAAGGUCACCUCCCACACUUUCAAUUUCGUGUAAACUUCUCUAUUUCGGACCAGUUUGUUGACAACUAGAGGGAUAUCUUUUGGUUUCAUUUUGCCUGUCCUCUUGUCAAGAAUCAGGAGCUAACAUGUAGUGAUAAAGAGCACAGAGAUUGCAUAAGGUUAAAAUACCAUAGUUUUGAUUGAUUGAAACUUUUAAUAGCAGAUGAAAACCAGAAAACAGACAUUAAGCCAUUUAAGCAUAUAAACAAUCCUGAUGUUUUUUCCAAGCUUCAGAAACAAAAUGAGCCAACUUAAAAACAUUUAAGUUAAACUGCCAGUUCAUUCUAACAUCAUCAGAAUACCAGAACAUUUCUGUGUUUUUAACAGACAUUGCAAUAAAUAAUGGAGUUCUCAGUUCAUCAUAUAGAGGGCAAUAUAACAGAAAGUGUGACUCACUUUCCACCUCAUUCAGUUUACAUAGUUCUCGCAACACCUGACUUGUUCUCUUUUUUUAACAUAUAAAACGAAAGAUAUGCUCCUCAAAAGCAGCCUUUGUGGGGCUACUGAAAAAGAGAGGAUCUUAAACCACUCAUAAGUAAACAAGAUGCAUCUUCUACUGUUGUGUAUACAGCUGGGCUUGCACUGAGGUGCGGAUAGUGUCACUAAAUAAAUGUUUGUGGAGCUGCAUGCAUGCAGUCAUUUGUAUGUGUCCUCUUGAAGGCUCCUUAAAACUGGGGCAGCUUUCUGUGUUUGUUUGCAGAAUUACUCACAGAUGAUGUAUGAGGGAUUUCAGAGUGAUUUAUAUGCCACAUUAUGAAGCGUGGAGAAGUUGAGAAAUUUCUCGGUGGAUAACAUUUGCAGAACAUUUGGGCACAGUGAAGGAAGUCCACUGCAUUGCUGCUCUGUCUUGAGACUUCCUAAAACAUGAUCAUACACACUCGCGCUUAUCCCCUCCCUCUCUCCCUCCUCCUCCUCCUCCUCCUCCUCCUGCUCUUCCUCCUGCUCUCUGUAACCAACAUACACACACGUUCUUCCCAGACUUGAAUGUGAGCGUCUCACCAGCCAGGAUGACCGGGGGAGUCAGGACUGCUUAGCCUGCAGUGUUUGCCGGGAGAGAGAGAGAGUGUUUGUGUCUGAGCGCAUGUGUAUGUGUGUGCAUGUGUCUGGGCGGACUCCUGCUGUAAUGGUGCCCUAUGUGUGACUGUGCUGACCGCGACAGCCACCCUGUUCACAGUGGAGGCUUUCUCAGCAUGCAGAUGGUGUGAGCAGUCAGGGGAAAGUUUUUCGAACAGCUUCAACAACUCAAUCCUCAGCGUACACUCAAGAGUUGUUUCUGGAGGGAAGCAGCAGCGACAGAAGCUGGACUACAACUUCAGCUCAUGUCAGCUCGAGACUUCUGUUUAUUGAUUGAUUGAUUACCUGUUACUGGAGUGGAUACUAUAGUUCUGCAUCACCACACAUCAGAUCCAACUGGGGGUUUGAAAAGACUUUUAUUUUGAAAGGUAGGUUUGCCUUUGAGGAUUGUGUAGUUUCCCAUAAUGUUCAUGGCUCUUAAGUGUUGUUUUCGAUUUGUGAUGUUGUGGCAAUAUGUCUGCAUAGUCCCUCAACACACAGCGUGUAAUUUGAGAGUGAAGAUGCUGAAGGCAAAUAGUCGGGCUGACAGCUACAGUCUCAUUAUGUUUGAGUGACACUUUGUUAUGUAAUUCAUAUUUUAAGCAGGUAUCCCUGGAGCUGAUACAGCAUAAAGCAGAGUAUGGUUGCAGGGUAUGGUGCUGCUUUUACCGACGUGUUGAAUUGAUUGGUUGAUUUACUUGCGACACAUCGAACAAGUUUGUUGAUAAAAAUAAUAAUGAAGACAUCUGAGUUUUUCCUUUGUAUAAUCCUUUCACUCCUUAAAGCUCCAGUGAGGAACAUUCAGUUUGUGUCAGUUUUGGCGCCCCCCUAUGGACAAAACAGUCUUUUCUUAUCCUAACCUCUACAUUCUUACCUUCAAUUUCCAUCGCAUCUGGAACGGCUAGGAAAAGGCUGUAUCCGCCGAUCGCAGCUGAUCGUAACCAUUCAGUUAAUGUGUCAAUUUCCACCAGCUUCUUUCCGUUCCGCUGUGGAUUGCCAGACUCCACAGCUGAUCGCAAGAGUUCUAUUUUUUCCGGACAAAUGCCGGAUAAAUUCAGCACAGAUUAACCCGUGCUGGAAAGGAAGUCAGGCAAAGACACAAAAUAAAACAUCUGGCUUCUCUUCAAAAUAUAACACUCUGUGUUUCAGGCGGAUCGUAUUUUACAUCUUUCAAACGGACGGAGUCAAACAAGUGAAAGGUUUAUAGACAGUAUUUCAUCCCGAUGACACCAUGGAUGAGGGGAUGCUGAUGUUAGAAGUCUUGGAGUAGAUUUCCUCCUACUGCUUAUAUCGUUAGCCUAUGUGGCAAGAGACAACUUGUUAUCACGUGAAUCUGCGGGUCCUCGUGAGUUCUCGCGAUUCCGGUAGGAACUGGCAGAUGGCCAUUCUGGAUUGGAGCCAUUCCAGAUGCGGUGAAAAUUGGGCGUUAAUAAGUACUUUCUGGCCAAAACACUUAAUAGAUGAUUUUGACAGUCAAGCGUAUCAUUAAUGGAGAAUAUUUGUGGAGAAAUUGUAAAAACAGGGCUGUUUCUUGAACUGUUUGGCUGACACCUACUCCCUAACACUAAUUUUAAGUUUUAAGUUUACACAAAUCACAAAUCUUGUCCCUCAUGGCCUUUUUUUGUCUUUCCUUAAAAAGACAUUAAUAUGGAUUUCAGCCCAAUUUCAUAAACAAAAAUAAAACUCUUUGCAGGAGCUUUAAAUGGAUUUGAUCACUAAACGGUAAACUAGUUCAUAAGUUUGUUGUUAGGUGUCACAGGUAGCAGGUGUCAUAUCGAGACUGAAUUAGAGGAAGUUGAUGAACACUUUUUGCUUGUGUCAAAGUUUCACUCUCUGGGGCAGUGGUUUCCUGCUUUCAGGAGCCACAAACCCUAAUAGAUAAACUGCAGGUGUUUUUAAAGCCACGACAGAGUAUGUGGGACUACCAUAACUGUGUGACCUGGAUAUGAUCUUGUGACACCUGCCUCAAAGUUGAGAAUCACCGCAGGGAAGCUGCUGCAAUGAAAGCAGAUAUGAGCUUUCAUUUACAGCAUGUUGUUAGUUAUGUUCAUCAAGAGCUUACCUGAAAGUUACCAUAGUGGUAGCUUUUUUGCAGCUGGAAAGCAACAAUAUGUAUUUCUUUGUACUUUUCAGUCAGUUGUUAGUCAUGUCGUUGAUAUUCUCUGUUCUGUUUGAUCAGCCUUUUGCAAAGUCUGGCUAAUUCUGGUGCAGAACAUGCAGAUGGCCAGACUGUUGCAUAUGCCAUCCAAAACACACUGACCCCCUGUCCGACUGUUGGCUGGCCAAACAGAGAGGAAAACUCAAUUAUGUCAGGAUUAAUGCACUUGUUUUCACUGUUGUUGGCUUAUGCAGGAAAGUAGACAGAAAAAUACCUCAGGGUGAAUAAUGAAGAACAGAGUAGGCGCUUUUUGAUAAAAAUGGCUAGAAGUGGAGUGAACAUCACUACACCUUGUUCCCCCACCUGGCGUGUUAAUGGAGAUGGUAGAUGUGAAAGCAAACAAGGCAUGAGCUAAGGUAGAAGGAGGGAAGACAUGAUGACCCCUGUGUGCCAAGAAUGUGCGCAGUGCACAAGCUGUGCUGCUGGAAAGCCCAGGGAUCAGGUUCCCUGUGUCAGCUGCCGCACUCGACUGUUCCUGAGUCUAACUCUGUCAUAGCUGUAUACUGAGAAAGAGAGAGAGAGAGAGAGAGAGAGAGGGAAGAAGAGGAUGGAGAUAAGGAAAGAAACUGCAGACAAUGCAGAGCUGAGAAAAAAAUGGGAAAAUCCAUAAGGUAAAAGAUAUACUUAGUCAUUUCAGAAAUGGGCUUAUACUCUUUGUGGUAGUCAGGAUGAUGAGAGGGCCGUCACUCUCAUUUCUGCCAGCUGAAGCUCCUGUGAGAAAUGAUCACACAGACUGGAAAUACAUCUGAUACAUCUUCAUGACAUACUUCAGUAAAACAGAAGAAUAAGAUGGAUUAUUUAAUAUCAUAAUUUUUAAUGUCUUAGCUUGCUGUCAUGGGGUAGGUGGCAGAUGAUGUGAUGGAGUAAACAAAGGUUAGGGUAUCAAGAACUGGUUCCAACCUGUAACGGGUUUCAAAUUUCAGAGAUUCGCAGAUUUGAUACUGCAAAUUUUGGUUCUGCUUAUCAGUUCCUAACAGGACCAUAAAUCUAUCAUGUCUAAACAUCAGAGAGAAUUUUAAAAAGUUUUACUCAUCUGCCAGGACCUCCUGAAACGUUUGGCCACUUGCAACGCAGUAUGUGAAGAAAGUUGUGAUAACAGGAUUGUGGCACGCGAGCAAAAGCUUGUCUAAACUUCUCGAGAAAAAUGAUGACACAGCAAGUGAAAAAGCAUCCUUUCCCAGAAAAGAGCUCAGAGAAAAGCAAUUUAGACUUGUUGUUAAGAGAAUUUAGUAACAGUAGCUUUAAAAUUACCAUAAAAAGUACCCCUUUCAUUGGUUAUGCGACAACCACUCAGAAGCAGGGAAAAGUCAGGCAUGUAUCCUAACAUCACAAUAAUGGUUUAAAGUAUUUGCGCCUUAUUUUUUAUACUACAGUAAAAUCAAAGUUGCAAUUCAAACACACUUAAACAGUGUUGACAGACUUGCUAUUGCCCUCUCUUUUUACCCAUCAUGCUAAGCUAAUCUGCUGCUUGAAGUAAAAUGUUUUCCACACAGUUGAUACCUGGGUGGAUUGCCUAUGUAUGUAAACCACUAUACUGGCCAACCAUGUAGUGCCAACUAUGUACUUUCUGUCACAAGAUCACUAUCUGAGGGGUGAAUACAAGCUGAAAUAAGCUGUAGACAAAGCACAGUUAAAGGGAUUUUACGGCGUAAAAUUAAUACAGGGUCAAACACACCGUAACACCAAUUAGACUCCCCCUCGAGAGAGGAAAGUUGCUGACCACUUGCUUCUCUAGCUAUACCAACUUUAGUAACAACAGCACGAUAGCAAUACACAGCGGUCUGAGGAGCCAUAAAUAAACCUCAACCAAAACGCCACUCUAUAGCCACAAAUAAUGCUCAGAACACCUAACUUCAUCAACUGUACAUAUACUAGCCACCAAACAUCUUUUUAACUUUGCCUGAUUUCUUUAGCAAAGAGACUAAACACAGCUCACCAUCUCUCUUCCAGCAGUUGCUUGUUUGUAGCAAGACCUCAGGCGAGUCCAUUACGGACUGCUGCGGGGUGACGCAGCUCAAGGAAGAACAUUUAUAAUCAUUACUUUAUCAUUUCCUUGAAGUAAUAAUCACCAUAUUAAUCAUUUUGCACUGCAGACGCGGUAGUUCUUCUGCCUUAGUGUCUCGGUCUGAUUUCAACACCAGGAUAUCCCUUUAAUAUAUGAACUUGCCUUGUAGUCGAGCUGAUAGAUAGAUGACAUGGUGUUAUGAUCUGUAUUUCGACUGGCCCCCUUCUCAGUCAUCAACCUCCCUGGCACAGGUAAAAUAUCUUUUGACCAGAAACAUCUCUAUAGCUUUGAUUUAACUGUAAAAAUAUAAAGCAGUAACAAUCUGCUUGUCUUAUUUGCUCCAGAAAGCAGUAAACUCACCACGAGGUAGUUCAAGCAAGGUGACAUUCAUGAAGGUUAAAACGCAGAGUCAGCUUUCCUAGAACUGCAUACAACAUCUCUCGGGAAAAUGACUAUGAUCACAGGUGUGAUUUUCAGCUCACCCCCUCUCACCUUGUGACCAUAACGUCUUCUAUCUUAUUUUGUCUGGAAAUUAUCCCCCCCUCCCCUUCACCUCUUUCUUUGUUACAAAGGACAGCCACAUCAGCAGUAUCAGGCUCUCUGUGAAAACAUUGUGUCAAACACAUGUUCAGUGAGUCAGCGGUCAACUUGAAAUCUUCACCCUGGUACCUCCAUGGGGCUGCUUCUCAGUUCCCAGACAUACUGUGACACAUGGCAGGGAGGAAAAUUAAGAGGGAGGGGCAGCAAUGCAAGUGAGUGGGUACUGAGGCAUCACUCCAAUCUGGCUGCAUUGUGGACUAUGAAGGGGGCCACAUAUGGCUUCUAUAUUAGUGUGUAGACAAAAUAGACACUGACUCAACAUUUGAUUCAUACAUGGGAGUUUAAUCAGCAUUUCAGUGGUACAGAGAGAAAGAAGAACCUAGUAAUUCUAUCUUCAUAAUAUCAUAUAUCACCCCCCUUCUCCUCUUUCUGCUUCAAUCCAUCCAUCUAUGACUCAGAGUUCAUUGCAACUAAUCAUGGACUAAAUCUCUAAUAGAGGAUGGCUGGCCUGCAUUUAAUGUUAAAAGACCUGAUGUGUGUGUAUUUGGAAGAGGCAAUGGAUCAGUUUUUAUUCCAGGUGAGGGAGUACUUCCAUCUGUGGCCUCUCUGGAGCCCUUCCUCUUUUACAUCCUCUUCCUUCCAUUACCAACAGCACCAGCCGAAGCGAGGAACAUUGCCCUCCUCUCACCUCCGUGACUUUUCAGCAGGAGUCCAACAGAAACAGUCUGCUCCUGAGGAAGCAGCUUGGGUAGCAGAAGGGUUAUAUUUGUCUGUAACACAUGUGGGUCAUGGAGGCCCUGCUGUGCAGACUGUAAGGGGGAAGUGGGGAUAUUUAAAGGGUCGACAGCAUUGACUGGCGAUGUGAAGUUCAGGUUUCAUCUGAUGCGUUUUUUUUUAUCAUGUAAGGAGGAUACUUGUCUGUUUUUAUAUCGGUUGACUUUGAUCUUAUGAUGGUGUUUGUGGUUUUUUAAGCAAAACAGAGUUUAUGUAACUGCUAGGUAGAUUGAAUCAGCUGUCAAACAUGCUAAAUGGUGCUUGUUUGACAUCUGUGUUCAAUAAUCACAUAUUAAAGGCAACCUAGUGAUGGUGUACUGAGCUGAGAAAUCAGAUAAUAGACUGAAUAGUUGGAUAUUUAUAGAUGUAAUACACAUAGAUGUGUAAAAAGACACAUACAAAAUGGUAUGGUUGAAAGACGUGUGUAAAAUAUGUAGUAGAUGGCAGCAUAGAUAGGUUGAUACAUGGACUCAUAUGAAGAUUGAUGUACUGAUAUAAAUAGAAUGAUGUAUAGUCAAACUAGAGCUGUCAUGUAAUUCAAAAUUUGAGUCUCCUUUUGCACUUUGGGUGUUUCAAUUUGAAAUAAAUUGUCGAUCCCAGUGUCAGGCUGUCUGAAUCAGCUAAGCAGAGGGUCUUCUGACUGUAACAUGACCAUUGCAUUCACUCUUGACUCCAGUAAGUUAAUACACUGAUGAUUUUCCACAAAAAAGGAGGACGCAUGUCAAUCAAAGCGGUCCUGGGCAGGUAAUCACAACACCAAAACAUGAUCUGAGAGGCACUGUCUGGGUUUAUACUGGGUUCUUAACCACAGAUACCUAAAUAACAGGCAGAGAUAGUGUAAUGGGGCUGCUUGAUUGUGGCUUAAAUCAUAAUCAUGAUUAUUUUGAUUGAUGCUGAUAUCAUGAUUAUCAAAAACAUAAUAUAAUUUGUAACUUAAUUUUGAAGAUAAUACUCACUAGAUCAAAUAACAGAUGUCACUUGUUAAGUUUUUUUUACCCAGUGUUAUAAAAAAUUGAGGGAUUUUCAGAAUUAGAAUACUUUAUAUUUAAAUUUGACUUUACAGUACUUUAUUUACAUUUUGUCACAGCCUGUCGAUCUAAUCACUCAGUCUUCUCAAGCUCUUAUAUAGCAUCUGCUACAUGUUGAGAUCUGGGCUUGUAUCUUGUUAUGACUGGGAGCGAUAUCUCUCACAGCUUCUCUCACAUCGUGCUCAUUCUCAUUCACUCACAUCUACCUGCUUCCUCCUCCUGCUUCUCUCUCUGCUCUCCUCUCUCCACCUGUGACUACUUGAUAGUUUGUAUGGCUUUAUCACAACGUGACAAAGAUAUCGUUGGAUUUUGAUUUGGCCCUAUAUAAAUAAAGAUCAAUUGAUUGAUUGAUAAAUAAGAACAAGAACAUUUUUAACAGCCUUCUUUAUGAGACAGACUGCUAUUAUUGGAAUACUAAAUGCUGAUGAAUGAUUCGCUUUAGCACACCAAGAAAUGAUCUCCGGACAGAUUUAUCAGACUUGAAAAAAACUCAAUGGCGGCAUUGUUUUCACCCUUCAUUGUGACAUUUUCUGUUUAACACAUCACUGACCUUUGCAUCAUCCAAGGAAAGUUGGCGCAGGCUCUGUUGGCAAGCUCUGAGGCCAAUGUGGAGAACGGCAGCUGCUGAAAACAGACAGAUGGUAAUGGCACUGUCUGCCACAUGUUAAUGGGUAUGAGUAAAGAAUUCAUGUCUGCUAAUCACAAGUGGAUCAUUAAAGCUUCAAGCAGUAAAUUUAGUGUUUCAAAUGCCUAAUUCGUAUUUUAAAAUCAAAGGUACGAUUUUAACAAUUUGUGAUUAAGUCCCUAACAAAUGAUUUUUUUCUUGACCUCUAGAAUGAAAUUCUUCAGUCAAAUCAUGUCACAGCUCAGUCCUAAAAAUCACAUAAAUACCCACAAUCCAUUGUGGAAAGGUCAAAUCAGCUCCGAAUAGCAUUAAAGGGAUAUUAAUUUAGGGUCAAACACAACGUAACACUGAGUUAGACACCACUUUGGGAGAUAAAUGUCGCUGCAAUCAGACUGAGACGCUGAGGCAGAAGAACUUACGCAUCUGUGGGGCAAAAUGAUUUAUACUAUUAUUAUUUAUUCAAAGAAAUGAUAAAGUAAUGAUCAUAAAUGUUCUUCCUUAAGCUGCGUCACCCCACAGAAGUCCGUGAUGGACUGGCCUGAGGUCUCGCUACAAACCUGCGGCUGCUGGAAGAGAGUAGGUGAUUUGUGUUUAGUUUCUUUGCUAAAGAAAUUAGGCAAAGUUUAAAAGAUGUUUGGUGGCUUGUGCUGUGACUAGGACCCUUUAUGUCCUGUUGAUGAAGUUAGGUGCUGUUCUGAACAUUAUGUGUGGCGAUAGAGUGGCGUUUUGGUUGAGGUGUUCUCGUGGCUCCUUAGACCGCUGUGUAUUGCUAUCGUGCAGUUGUUGCUAAAGUUGGUAUAACUAGAGAAGCAAGCGGUCAGCAACAUUCAUCUCUCGAGGGGGUGUCUAACUCGGUGUUACAGUGUGUUUGACCCCAACUUAAUUUUAUGCUCGAAUAUCCCUUUAAGGCUAAUGUUAUAGCAGCUCAGUCCAAGUUAGCCUAAAAUUAAAACACAUCAUUUAGACUAUUACAGCAGUUUGAAAAGUGUGAAACUGUCACAUGAGGUCUGUUAAAUUUUUCUUUGCACAUUCAUGUCACCCGCCUCGGCCUGUGGAGCUUUACAGGCUUCACUCUCUGGGAAAAACAGUCUAUCUAAGUCUGUGGAGUCCAAUUUUCCCUCGACAGAUUGCUCCCUUGCUAGUGUUGUGACCGGGCCACUUCCUGUGGUCACUAAAGACUUCCUGCCACUGUCCCUGCUCAACACCAAUAUUUUUGGCAGUUUGGGAAACAAUCUUUAGAGCCUCAAUUAAGAGAAAAUGGCGAUCCAAAAUAUAUGGUUUUGGUUGCUUUGUUGGAUUUUAUCCCCCUAAAAAUGUUCUCCUGCACAACUUUAAUUUCUCCAAGGAUGAGCCUGAAUGAGAUUCAAGGCCUCAAUCGCCCUUUCACCAGCCCAGCUCAGUUCAAACAGAGACGUAUCAAACAGCAGCUCAGGCUUUUUAGUGUGCUGUGAGCUUCACCGCUCUCUCAUAUGGAGAACAAAUACUCUGUGUAAGCACUGAGCACCAGAAAUCUCCAGAUGCUGUGAGGCAAGUCCUGUAUGGGCAAGCAGGUCUGCAGGAUCGCAUGUCAGAGAUUUUCCAGCCUCAUCAAACUUGUGAUGAUGUUUUUUUCAUUUGUGUAAUGGCAUGAUAUUAUUUACGAUGCAGCCAACUCACGGUGCCAAACGCGGGGUGCUUUUUUUAUCAUCACAUGUAUCGGUUUACAUCAAAUGGCAAUGUCCCAGGGAACAGAUGAGGAAUUGUUGAAAAAUCUGCUGUUUUCUUGGCUCCUCCGAGCACAGUUUUUAUCACCACAGACAGGUCCAGUAGCUGUAUUUUAGGAUUUCACUGACACAUGCACAUUUUUAAGCUACAGAAGGCGUCGCUGAUCCUCAGAUGGCCUUGCUCAGAAGCUGUUUCACCAAAGGCUACAGACAGAGAAUACUAAUACCUCUAUUUGAAACGUUUGCAGCCCUUAUUGAAAAAUCAAUCCACACCUCCUUUUUUCUCUUAGACUGGAGUUUGAAUUUACGACGAUCUUUAUGUUGCAUGUGUCUGCGGUAUUGUGUCUUUGUGUGUGUGUGGCUCCUGUUGUUUAUUGUAUAGAUCACGGCUCCUGUAUGAGAAUAUAUACAGUGAAGAGCUGCUUAUAUGAAAUAGAAGGCCAAUAGAGUUAGCAGUGCUCUGAUUUAUUACCCCUAACAGACCAAAGAAACAAACAACAAUAAACUAAGUUGAAGUUUAUUUUCUUUGCUGGUUCAGAAUGCCAACAGACACAAACCUUUUUGGCCCAGUGUCAACAGGUGAAAUGCGCCAUUUUCAUGUCUUGAAACGGAAAUCAGGAUUUCUUUGAUUACUCUCUGAGCAAUAGACGGCUAUUAGACAUCUAGCUUUUUUUUUUUUAGACCUAAUUUCAACCGUCUAGAUUCUGUAUAUUUUUAGAUGGAAUUUAGAUGUUGCACUUGAACCUAUUAUUCAGUCACUAUUUAUUUCAAAAAGCAAAAUAAUUAUGAUAGUCAUUGAGCAAUAUACAGUGUAGUAUAGAUAUAGCCCAGAUUUAGAAUUAGUUUAAACUUGGUCUAAAUUUUGACAUCUAAAAAACUCUAAUUUUUAGACCUGUGGCAGCCUGAUUUUAGACCAGUCGUCUAGGCUACAUUUAGACCUCUAAUAGAUCUCUUUUAGACCCACAAAUGCUUAGCGGGUAAAAUCUUCCUUUUUCUAACCUCGUUAAUAUUACAUUGUCCAAUUCCACUGCGUAUUUUAGAAGCUGAGGCUCAGGAGACACAUACAAGUACAGUACGGUCCCACACACCUGCGCGGUGUAGUAGCGGAACACAGAAAGCACCUGUGAGUGGCUCUUUUUCAAGGUGCUGAUUGGACAAAGCAAGGUGGUGAUCUAUUGUAGCAGAGACUUUGCAGUUUUGUCGUAAAAAGGCUUAGAAGCUGCUACAUCUGGCAGCACAGGGAAGAUAAAAGUCUGUGCAAGAGAGGCUAUAUAAAAAUCAGGCUUAUGAAAACAGCUUACCUACCUAGCCUUUAGCUCAUUAUGGUUUGUUUCAUAUAGAAUCAGGUCUGUUAACUUAAACUAGUGUAAAACUGACGGCACCUGAUACUGUCGUCACUUGAGGAUUUAUUUCAAGCGCAUUUUAAUGUGUUAGCUUUUAAAUUCAUGUGUUUAAGGCUUUAGGAUGACCCGCAAGAUGAAAUCAGGCCUAAAAAAUACUCUGACAUUUGCAGAGCUGGGCACAUGUCCAGUAAUCCAUGAGUCGUUCAGUAGUUUACGCUUAAAGCGCUGGUUCUUGAUGAGCACAAUGAUCUGGAUUUGAGUUAUCUUAAUACCAACACAGUUUCUCAUUCCACCAUAGUCUGUCCCCGUAUUGUGAAUCAUUAGCUUAUGGCAGUUGUAAACACACAUUGUCUCCAUGAUUUUGUUAGAUCUGUCUUGGUAGGAACAUAAACUAAUACAUGAUCUAUCCUUUUAAUACUCCUUUAAAGGUCACACUUUAUCUUACUGUUCUGGCACCAACGGAAGAACCGCUAACAUCUCUACUAAUCUUUCUCUAUUUGUCUGUUCAUUUGCAGAUUUAGUCAUGAGAGUGCCUCCUACAUAUGCAUGACCAUUUAUAUUUCCUCUGGCCCAGACAACAGCGUAAUGUAAAUUUAAGAUGGUGUUUCUGUUGUCAGCCAGCUCCAAGUUCUGCACAUUAAUAAAUCCCAGAGUUAUUUACCCUUUUCAAUUCUUUGCAGCACAGUCCAAUCCCAGCAGGGCUGUGAACCAGCCUCUGUGAAAGAGGCAUGAAAUUGUAAAGCAGCACAGUAUGUGAAUCCAUCAACAGAUGGAUGAACCCAUACUAGACUACAUGUGAGCGCUAACAGAUUGUUAAAGCUAAGCGAAUAAAGUGUGUGGGAGGCAGUAGGGUUAGAGAGGUAAUUCCUUCCGAUAUUAGAGUUAAAUGAUCCCAAACAAUGAGGAAUUUUUCCUGGAAUGAACCUUUAAUAGAUAAUAGCUUUCAUAGCACUUGAGCCAAGAGCUCUACCCUCUUUUUUCCCCUCACAGAUCCAGCACGAAAGUUGAGCAAAUAUGAGGUAGCAGCAAACAAACAAAAGAUAAUAAGUAGGUUAUGACCAUCGGAGUGCAAAACAAGUGAAAAACAGUGUUUUUCUUUUUUCCUUCUUGGCGGUAUUUGGGUUAGUGAGCAUGUCUGUGCAUGCACAUGGCAUGCAUGCAGGACACACUGGCUUGGACUGUGUGCUUGGAACAAGAGGAAAGUUUCAAAUCACCACAGCAGCCCUGCUGCACUUGCUCCACUGCCACUGGAACACUGCUGGGCUGCAUCUGGUCUGCAUCUGGACCUGUGGGCUGUUUGGAUUUUCACCAAGGCAAGCUCAACCAGAGCCACAGAUAACAUAGCAGCGCUCAACACUGGCAGCAGCAGGCUCCAAGCGGUGGCAGAUGUCACUGAAUGUUGCAGAGCUUUAAACAGUGUAUUAUUCUUAUGGAAACGAUGAUUCAGUCCGAAAUUGAUCUCUUACUAUCACUCACUACAUAUGCCACAGUUCAGGGAGUCUAUCAUUCGAUUAGUAUAUUGGUGGAAAUCUUGCAGAGUGCAAGGACUUUAAGAUUACCAUGCUGGAUUUUUUCCCAUCUUCUGUAAAAUAUCUUCACUCUACAUCUUAUUUUUGUAUCAUGUCUCAAAAAAAUCUCCAAUUGCACACUUGUAAGUUUCAUAUUUUUCUAUCUUUGCAGAUCUGAGCUGCUGUAAUGGACGAGCAGUGUGUGUCCCACAGCAGUCCCCAGCGUAGCAGAGGUCAGAGCAGCACAGAAACACAAGAGCAGGCACGCUCGAGUGUCAUCAGGUGUGGGUGGCUCAGGAAGCAAGGAGGUUUUGUCAAGACUUGGCACAGCCGCUGGUUUGUUCUGCGAGGGGAGCAGCUCUACUACUACAAAGACGAGGAGGAGACCAAAGCCCUGGUAAGGCUGAAAACACACUGAAAGACUUAAAGGGAUAUUCCGGCGUGAAAUUGAUUUAGGGUCAAACACACCGAGGCUGGUUGAUAUAAGUUGAUAUAACUAAAGAAGCAAGCGGUCAGCAACAUUCAUCUCUCAAUGGAGUGUCUAACUUGGUGUUACGGUGUGUCAAAACUUAAUUUUACUCCAGAAUAUCCCUUUAAGCCAAUGAGAGACUGUGUAUAAAACAUGGAUCUCAGUGACAUCACCCACUGGUUUCUGAAGAGGGAAAUGAAACUCAAAGAUGGAAAAAAGGAAGAAUUUGGACAGGUUGUGUCGCCUCUUAGUUAAUUUGAUCAAACUGUCGACUGUUGACCAAAUUAAAGUAUCAUUGACACAAUGAACAGCUUGUGUGUAAAAGAACAGAUACUUCAUCCUUCAGCGCAAUAAGAUACAAAUAUAUGACUCCUGAUGUUUAAAGAGUUUCAACAGUUUUGAGGUUGUCCUGCUGAAGCCGAGACAAAAAGUUGUCCUUAAAGAAGAGGAGACACUGAGUGAUGAAGACAAUAAUGCCAUCUCUAACGUUACUGUAACCAGGCAGCCUCUCUCAUCAAGCAUGUGCACUCUGAACAAAGCAGCAGGACCAGACACUUUUGACUCUUACUACAAGGGUAAUUCACACAUGUAAGGAAAUGUGGAAAUCAGGAUUUCAGCCGGGUUAGUUCAAGAACGUGCUCCAUGUCUUUAACAAACUUUCUCUGGUAAAGUUAAACUGACUUCCAGGAUAAAGAGAAACUAGAUCGUGUUGGCAGUGAUGGAUGUUACUUCUGUUUCAUAGCUGCUCAGGGAUCAGUUUGAGUGCUAGGGAGUCAGAGACAGCUGAAUACAGAUUAAGAGAAAGACAAAGGGAGUAGUUCCUCAUGUUGGGAGGUAGGAUGGUUUGAUACCACUUUCUAAUAUGGAAAAACAGCCAGUAGAUGAUUGCUAACCUCAUUUGUAACAGAAAGACAAGAGGCAGGCCGCAAAAUAUCCCCCUUUUUGUCUCCAACAAGUGAAAAAUGCAUUUCUGUGGUGUGAAGUGCAAAACUGUCAGCUGUGUGCAUGUCAGAAGUAUUACAGAGGACUGAACAGCACUGAAAUUUUAAUCUAUUUUUAAACAUACUUUAAAAGAUACGUAUCAUUUAUAUAUUAUUUCAUAAUCACUUAUUAGUUCUAGAAUUUUAAUGUGCAGAUUUGCAUUCCAGUUACCUCGGCAGUCGGAUGUCGGAGCUGGGAAUACACCUGGAUUGACUUUGUUCCAGUUAACAAGUCAGAAAACCAAGAUGGUGGCCUACAGUUACCCGUUGUUAGCUGUCGUUUACAAUUGUCAGCUGUCGUUAGCCAUUAUCAGUUGUUAGGUGUUGUCAGCGGUUGUUAGUUGUUGUUAGCCGUUGUCAAUUGUUGUUAGCCGCUGUCAGUUGUUAGCGGUACUAAGCUGUUGUUAGCUGUUGUCAGCGGUUGUUAGUUGUUGUUUGCCAUACCAGUUGUAAACAACGUAUAACACAGUAUUUUAGUCUUACAAACAUCAUAGCACCGUGUUCACAAUCAGACGUUGGGCAGCACAACAUAUACGGCUUAUUUAAUUUCACAAAAACAAAACAGAAGUGCUAAUGAAUAAUAGAUUAUGAGGGCUUUCGCCGUUACUCUUUACUGUUGAUGCACUGUGCUGCCAUCUUUGAAUAUGAUGUUGUCGUGAAGUCGGGGUUGGUGAGGAUCGUCUGACUUUCCGAGUCGGAAAUCCGACUUUAGGGGGGGCGUUCCAGAUGGAUUUCUGACUCGGAGCUUGGAAAUUCCGACUUCUGAGUAUGACUGGAAUGUAGCAUAAACAGAACUAUUGUGUAUCAUGUCGCGUCCUAAGAGAAUAAACUCUUACACCGCAGCUAGAAUAUUAUUUUUCUCUACAAGCUCAAAGUGACUAAUAAAUAUAUGAUGCAUUGCACAAAUUUUUUAGACUAAUGACUUAUUCAAUUAUGUUUCAUCUAAGAGACCCUCUGCAAAUUACACACACUAUUGAGCUUGAUUCAGAUUUAUCAAAGGUCCACUAUUUGUUUAUUAGUUCACGCUCACUUCCUGAUACAUUUCCAGUUGUUUCUUGUUUCGUGUUAUUCCCAAACCCCAGCUGUUUCACUCCAGAAACACUGUUCAUUGUCCGAACAUAAAAAAAACACAGAAGGACCUCAACCCUUUACAAUAUUUCUCCCACCCAAACAAUAUCCUCUUUUUCCAGGGGAAACUUGAACACUUUGUUCACAAUUGGAUUCUUCAUUCUGCUCAUCUACCCACACUUCUGUGUCUGGCUGAUUUCCCAGAAAGCUCAGCUCAGCCAAACCCUAAGCCACAUCAUCAGCACAAGUCUGUGAAGGUUAAAGCUCCAGACCUGUCGGUGGGCCACUGGCCAGAUACAGUGAGAGGAGAUAUUCUUCACCGCUAUUCCUGGGUUGCUCUGGUUCUUCAUGUGGUUUUAUAUUAGGAGCACCAAGAGUUUUGUUUAUGCUCUUGUUGCUGUGAAUACCCCCGAGGAAACGAUGCAAAAUCUGUGGAGCAGUUUCUCAUAAUAAUUCACAGAAAAUGACUUAUAGUUUGUUUAUUUUUGAAAUAUUCUUGCCAUCUGCACAGAAAAAUAAUUUAGCAAUGUCCUCCAACCUCAACGACUGGAUGAAAACGCUUCACUUUCAUUCUUUCAUUGCUCUUGAAACAAAGCCAACAUCAAUUGCAGAUACCUAAACCUGCUAGUUUUUUUUUUUUUUUUGCAGAGAAUGGAAAAUUUCUCUAAAACUGGGUCAGGCACAGAGCAGUGCACUCAAAGUCCUUAAGUCUCUGUGACCUCCAAAGCAGAACAGCAUCGGAUAGCACAAAAAGAAGCAGCCGUACAAGACGCAGCAGCAGUACCCAUCAAGAGAAUACAGAACAAGUGCAGAGUUUCUAACCUACUCGACACUAAGUAGGGCGAAGAGGAAUAAGAGCGUUCACUGUAGUUGUUCUUCGCCUUUAACACUGAUGUUCAAGAUCAGAUCAAGAGCACACAAAUUCACGACACAUCAGAUAAGUCAAAGUUUGUGAACCCCAUGAAGCCACAUUUAGAUCAGCUAUUAAUUAAUCCUCUCAUACGCUGUGAAGUCUCCAUUUGUUACCUGUCACAUUCACCUAAUGGCUGCCUCCUCAGUGGGAGCCGUGAACAUCUGUCUCUUUCUGUUGCCAUGGGAACUGAGACACCAAAAACUAAUCAAAACUUGCAGACAUUUCUCCCUGGUAUAACUUGCAGCACUUUGUGUAUACAUUCUGUGUAUUUGGGUUUAUUUUAUGGGUGUUGAGGGUUGGACUUAGAGGAUGGUUAAAGGACUGUUGCAGUAAUUACAGGUGCAAUUUAGUAAAUAAGAAUAUCAUAAAAAAAGAAUAGAUUUUUUUCUGUCCGUUAUUGGAGAAUAUUGAAAUUUGAUCAAGUUUAGACAUGUAACAAGUCAAAUAAAAUAUUUCAAGAUUUUUAAAUUUUAGUUGUCAUAGUAAUGGCCCACUUUAAAAAGACUGACCAGCAUAUUUUAGAAUAUUAAAGUAUUUCAAGUUUGAGGAAAUCAUUACGACAGAGUAUAAGGGCCACAUUAAGAAAACAAAAAUUAAGAUUUUGGGAUUAAAGUCAUCAAUUUACGAGAAUGAAGUCAUUACUAAUAAGAAUAAAGUCGUAAUAAAGUAAUUACUUAUGAGGAUUAAAUCGUAAUACAAUCAUUUCUUACAAGAAUUAAAUCAUAUUAAAGUAAUUACUUAUGAGAAUAAAGUUUUAAUAAAGUAAUUACUUAUGAGAGUAAAGUCAUAAUAAAGUAACUACGAGAAUUAAGUCGUAAUAAAGUAAUUACGAGAAUAAAGUCGUAGUAAUCACAUAUGAGAGUUAAGUCAGAAUAAGGUCCUUACAUUAGCACCACAUUAUCAUAAGUAUAGUAGUAGUUGUAGUUGAUUAUGACUUUAUUCUCGUAAUUACUUUAUUAUGAUUUUACUCUCGUAAUUACUUUAUUACGACUACAUUCUCGUAAGUAAUUACUUUAUCACAACUUUAUUCUCGUAAUUACUUUAUUACGACUUUAUUCUCAUAAGUUUUGAUUUUAGUAUGACCUCAUUCUCGUUAGUAAUGACUCAUUCUCGUAAAUUAAUGACUUUAAUCUCAAAGUCUUACUUUUCUCCAAGUUUUAUUUCUCUUUUUUAUUAACUCCACCGUAAAUCAUAACUCAUCCUCUGGUGCUGGUUUUUUUUUUUAUUUAUUUUUUUCAAUUAAAAUUAACUAAUGAAUUCUGACGUCUUCAGAAAACAUUAAAAGAAACAGCCUUUUAAUAUUGUCCAUGUAAGGGACUGUAUUGUGUCCUAUGACUAUCUACAGUCAGGCCAAACCUCUCUGUGAAACGUGAGGAAUCUGAGGAAUGGGAGUCAGAUGGAGGUGAAGGGUCACCGAAAAGCAUGCGCAGGGUACGGCACGUGUGGGCUUGGCGUCAACAUGCCAUCUGCCUGCCCUCACUCGUCCAUGGAGAUGUAUGCACGCACAAGCAUGCAUGUACUCGCUCUCAUUCGUACACACACACACAGACGCAGACUCAGAUUUCAUCUGGUGCAGCUGUAAACAAAGACGGUAGUCAUCCAGUGGGUGAGACAGAAUGAUUAUUGUAAUUUAAACCACUUAGCAUCAAAUCUGUGUCCCAAUGAAAGUAGCUUCAGAGAAUGGUGAAUGAAUAGAUUAUAUCAAUUAUAUGUUAUCAUAAUUUAUUAAGACAUGUUAGACGUAUUAAAUUGUAAUCAGGAUGUUAGAAUUCCAGGCACAAUAAGUCUUACAAGUCUUCUGUCUUAUUCAUAUUCAUGGCACGAGGGUCUGAGCUUGAACUCAGACAAAAUGAUCUGAAGAAAAGUAGUCGACUGCAACUCGAAAUUGCUUUAAAUCAAUAAUGCAACAGCGCAAUAACUCAUGAAAAAUCCUUUAUUCUCCAGGGUUGAGCUGGAAGCUGUCUGACCUUGGCAUUUAACAGGAGUAAAUAAAAUGCCACAGCAGUUCUGUAAUUAUUCAUACUCUGCAAGAGUGUGUUUGACUGCUCUUCUGAUUAAAUAAAAACACUGUAUCCACCGUGUGGCCUUCACUGCCAAAGUGUGGUCACUUUAGCACUGAAAAACAAAGAAGAGAGUGACAUUUGGGGCAGAUUAUGUGUAUCCUUGUUGAGUGUAAAAGGUCUGUGUGUGGCAGUAGCAACCAGAGGUGAAUUCACUCACAUUUUGUUUGUGUGUUAGAGGAAUCCAAACUCUCAGGUGAGGACGUCACUGCUCACAUCAUCUUUUGCUAACAGAUCCUAACAAGGAGAUCGCAUGUAAGUGUCAAAUCUGGUUUGCGUGCGCUGGUGGGGACGUGGCUGGGUGCCGUCAGGGGCAUGAGCUGCAUACCAAGAGCCAAUUACUGCAUCUAUCGUCUCAGUCCUGCCAUUAUUGCUUUGGUUAGACAGUAAUGUUGACAACAAUUUCUUCAGCGGGUUUUAUGUAUUAGUGCAGACAGCUGCGGUUGUCAGUAUUCGAAGUCCAUACUCUUAACACAGAGAUUGCUCCCUCCUUUUUUCUGUAUGGCAGCUGCAUAUCUAAUAAGCUCUCGUAUUGAUGGAUGGGAAAGUCAAUUAACUCUCACUGGAAUUGCAACAAGUUUCUGCAGGUUCUAAUUUCUGAGCACUUUGCCCCUCAUAAACACUUUGAGAAGAAACCGUGUCUGAGUGUACACCUAUGUAUUUCAGGUAUGUGUUUGUACAUGAGGGAAAUGUUUCCUCAUAUGAAGUGAGUUUGCAGCUGCGGCAGGAGUUGUGUAGUAAGUUGAAUACCGUCAAAGUUCCUCAAUCACAUCAGAAGUUGUCAUGAUAUAUGUUCUGGUAUUUGUUUUCCCCUGGUUUUGGUCUUUUGAGUGUAGUUUCUUUGUGAUUUUCCCUCUUGUUUUUGUACCCUAGUGUUCCUGUUCCCCUGUAGUCCUGCCUUGUGAGUUCUCAGUUUGUGUCUGACCCCGGUUCCCUCGUGUUCUCAGUGUUUUAUUCUUUAUUAGUUUUCAGUGUUUCCUGUUUUAUUUUGUAGUAGUUUAUUCCAUGUGUUUCUAGUCUGUUUUCCCUCCUCUGUGAUCGUCUGCACCUGUGUCUCAGUAUCUCACCUGCCUCUCGUUGCUCGUUUCCCUGUGUAUAUAUAGUCCUUGGCUGUGUCCAAAAUGAAUCACUCAAUCCCUAACCCCUAACCCCCAUAUGGGGUUUUACUAUUUAGUUGACUAUGUAGUGAACUCAGUUCCCGGAGUUUUCGGACACCACAUGACGCAAUGCAUGACGGGAUGCCCACCACCGGUGAGUGACCAUCGGGUGGUCACUACAUUUUGCAAUGCUCUAUGGGAAAUUUUGAGUUGCCUAUAUAGGGCACUGGAAUUGAUCAGUGAGAUUUCGGACACCCCUCAAAAUGGCUCUAACCCCCAUGUAGUCAUCUAUGUAAGGCAGGGGUGGGCAAUCAUGUGCCAUGGAGGGCCAAGAGGCUGCAGGUUUUCUUUCCAACCCAAAACUCCACCAGGUGAUUUCACUGAUUAUCUUACCUCCAAGCAGAGAGCAGGGACUAAUCAGUGAAAUCACCUGGUGGAGUUUUGGGAUCCAUUUUGGACACAGCCAUUGUCUUCCCCUGUUUCUUUGUUGGUUCAUUCUGAAUGUGUUGUAGGUUGCAAGUCUGCGUGUCUGUAUGCCAGUAUCUUCAGUGUCUCCUUGUGAUUCUUUCCUCCCUGUGUCUUUUGUUGGAUUUUGGAUUUUACCUCUUGUGUUUUUUGCCUUGGGAAUUUUUCUGUUGGACAUUCUAAGUAAGUUUUUGUGCCUUUUUAAUUAGUUCAUUUUGAAAUAAGUCAUUUUGGUUCUGCACUUGGGUCCUUCCCCUUUUUGUUUAACUCCAAACUGUGAGAGAAGUUUAGUGUUUCUGAGCAAAAGGCCUUGGCUAACUUCAAAUGAUGUAAGUUGCACGUACGGCACUUUAUAUCAAAAUCUUUCCACAUGCUUAAUCGCCUACAUUUGCUUUCGUAUUGUGCAGAGAAAUAGCUGUGUUUUAUUACAAAUCUCAUAUGUUUGCUUAAGAUUUGAGAACUUCUUAAAAACUAGAUGCAGAUCCUCCUCUGUCAGGAAAAAUUAUAGUACUUAAAUGCUUUCAGUGCAUCCUAUUUGACCAUGUAUUGCAGGUUAUUGGCUUUAGGAGUGGAUUAAUCCAUGUGACGCACAAAGCCAAAAAAGCACUCUGGCUUUAAUAUGGUUACUUAGAGGGAUUACUCAUAAAAUAUACAAAUCCUAGCAUGUAUUUUGUAAGGUUGAACAAAGUCCCCGGGGGACAUUCAGCUCUGUAGAGGAGGAACAUUUGAUGAUUGGUGUGAACAUUUUGCAGAUCUUGUCCCUAAAGUUGGAAAACUGGUGCAACAGACUUUAUCCUUUUAAAGGAGUAUUGCCACAGUAUUUUGUGUCAUGCAAUGUCAAGAAACGUCCGUGAGUCUUAAUAGAUUAAAGGACAGUUUACAUGAAAGCUUUUACUCUUAUGAGAUUUUAACAUAAUUGCUUCAGCAUUUUAUAUUCUAUGUGAAAAAAGAUGAAAAUUUUUCAUCCAGUAAUCUCACCUUAUGUUCCAAACUCAUCAUUUUUCAAUAAGUUAAGAGGUACUUUAUGAAACUUGCUGUACGGCUGUUCAUCUUAGGUGACGAUAAAAGCUGUCUGCACCAGUCAAGCGGGCAGGCGGGCGGCAGCAUCAGCAAUGACAAAUACUCCUGCAUGGAAGUGACAGGGCGGCGUGUGUUUUCCAGCUGCUUGUGCAUAAAUCACUGAAGGUUUCCUCGCUCUGCUUUGUCGUAGGGGUCUUGUACGUUUUGAUGGAUUUUCUGUGUUUGUCAAAGAUGCCUUUUGUUGUUUAUGUCUGCUUCUCUUUGGCCUGGAUUUUUUUUUUAGCACAUAACACAUCUGUUUACUGUGAGAUCUAAUAUUAGAGAUGAGAAAGAUAAAUAGAAAUCUGCCUGUCAAUGAAGGGCCUCUAAACCUCUUGUUUAUGAGUCUUUCAAGCGUCUUUUCCUGGUUAACCAUGCCCAACUUCCGACAUUAUUCACACACAGUUAAUCCAAGAAGUCAAUAUAAAUUAAUGGGAAAGCCCCCUUUUUUCCGCCUUGUUGCAUUUGACUGGCGUAUUAAUAUUUGAGUGAAUGUUUUGCAGUCACAGCUGUGGAUUUUACUGUGGCUGUUAAACAAGGCUGAACCAGGCAGAGCAGAAGACCUGAGCUACCUGUUUUAUAACUGCCAAGUGGUGAUGACAUUUAUUGGACUGAUGGACUCAGCGGAGCGAUCAGAGCAGAAUAACCUUUAGUAACUCUUUGCCACUUGAAUAGACGGGUCUUUUAACAGCCAUACAGGUAAGAACCGAGACUCAGAUAUGGAAAAAAAUAACACCCUCCGAGAAGCGUAUCCGGGUCUCCCACUGAGUUUGACUUCCUGCGUCUGAGGAGUCACUGAAGCUGCAGAACUUCAAUUAUUGGAUAAAAAGAAUGACUGAUCAUUAAGCCCAGGUCUAAUGAGCUCUUAAAUGACCUGUUACAUAAUAACUUCUGCUUAAUCGACUUCAGAGUGAACAUUUAUAAUCUGAAAUCAAUUUCUGCCCCAUAGUAUAUUGCAUUGCAUUUUAAUGUCUCAUCAUUCAUCAGACCACAUCAUUAUUCAACAAAAUCGGGUUGUUACCUAACUUAAACUCGUUACACAAUCCAUUAUUGGAUCCGUUCAUAACUUGUGUUCACACUUUUGCAGACAUGUCACCUAUAACUGAAAUCCUAGAGGUGAAAUAGUUCAUUUUCUCCAAGGCAAAGCACCACAAAGUGCUGUCUGCAUCUGUAUCUAAUUUUGCCCAUGCUGCCCGAAGUUCACAUUACAACCAUCUGCUUAAACAGCAGUUCAUUCAAAAUUAGCUUUGGUAUCAAACUGUGCUGGAACUGACAGUUUUGGCAACAUGCAAGAUAUCCAAAACAGCUUCUAAUUUCCAUGUAGUUCAAAACACAUCUCCUUACUACAUGAAUGGCAUAGUUUUUUUGGUUUAAGUAGGUUUUUUUUUUUAAGAAGAGGCUCAAGACUCACCUUUUAAACCAGGCUUUUCACUGAUAGCCUUGUCUUAUUUCUCUUAUUGCUACUGUUCAUUUCAAUCGAAGUUCUUUAUGUUUGUUUUAUGUAUUUUUUAUUAAUUAUCUCUGUUCUUAGUCUUUUUGUGAAUUCCCUCCAAUGAGGUUUUCACUUCUUUUACCCCUUUUACACGGUAAAGAGCUCUUACUUACUUGUUCAUUCUAUAUUCUUGUCUUAGUCAAUCAGGUUUUACUUUUUCUUUUUAACAUUUUUAUCUUUUUAUCUCCAGUGUUUCCCAAAGGCAGCUCUUUCAUCACGCAAUGUCUCGGUGUCAAGCCAUGUCUCUUUGACAGUAUAUCUUAAAUGCUCAUUCUGUGUGUGUAUGUGUGGGUGAGUGAGGGUGUGGGGGGGGGGGGUGUCUGUGUGUGUGGGUCUAUAGGUGUGUGUGGGUGGAAGGGUCGGGUUUAUUGUUGUUUUUAGCUUCUGUGAGGCACUUUGAACUACAUUUUUGUCUGAAAAGUGCCAUAUUGAUAAAGUCAAAGUCAACUUUAUUGUCAAAUAUACUAUACAUGUUAAACAUACAGCACAGAUGAAAUUUCAGUCCUCUCAGACCCACGGUGCAGAACAAUAAACUAUAAGAAUAAAACUAUAAAAGUGUAAAUAUAGAAUAAACAACGAAGCAAAACAAAAGACUACCUUAAAUACUCAUAUCAAUUUACAAAAUAAAGAUAACAAUAUAAACAGCAUAACAGUAUAAACAGUGUACAGUAUAAAUGCAGGUUUGUAUGUCAUGGUGUUUACACUUUAUGGUGAAAGUCUGACUGGAGAGCUAAAUGUGUAACAGUGGGUGAUCUCUAAACAAGCUGGAGAGCACAGAGGUAAAAUGUUUGUUUUAUGACCAGAUAAACUGUCACAUUAGGACGUUGUUCCAGAGUGAGCAGGCAGGUCAGACUAAAUUGUGAAAAAGCCAUUAAGUGAGCAGUCCUGGAGUCAUAGUGAGUAAUCGGGUAUUUGCUUGCAGUCUGAGAAACUCCCCAGAUUUACAUUUCAUUUGAAGCAGCAGCUCCAGAGGGGAGUUGCUGUUCCCUCUGUGUUUUCUGAAUGUGUCUGUUUUGCUCUUUUAACUGAGAAUUGAAGAUAACUGGGUUUGCGUCGUUUACAAAAAAAUGACCUCAUCCCUGUUAACGACAAAAUAAAAAUGCAGAAAACACCCCAAAAUAGGCCGGGCCUUCCUGCCCCACGGUUGGGUUGGGUUGGGCCUGGCUACCGUACUAUUUGCUGAGUAAAUAUUCCUCUGUCUGUGGUCGGGUUUGUCUGAAGCAAACAACAUCCCCACCAGAGAGGAUGUGAGUAUGGAAAGUGUGGUGUAGAAACAUCAGCAAUGUUGAGGUUUUACAGUAUAUGGAGACUAUACAGGUCUUUUUCUGUCUGUUUUCAUCAAUACAUGCUGCAAGACAGUGUUUCUAAAGUCUGUAUCACCCACACAUGAUUCACUCCCUCGAACCACCGCAAUGUGCAUGACUAAAAGAUCUGUAUGUACUUAGGAAUAUUCUCUGAGAACCUUUUCAUCCCAAGACACUGAAGCUGCACAGAUUCUCUUGCUUACUACCACAUCAAACAACUCUUCCACUCCCUUAUUCCCUCCCUUCAGAGCAUGUCUGUCCCAUCUUUACGACCCCCCCUUAAAAAUGCACUUCAUCUGAGGCCUCAGGUAGGGUUUCCACUUCCUGGUUGUCACAGUUAUUCAGCGUGGCUCAUUAAAGACCACUCGCUCUCAGCAGGAAGGAAGCUGACUCUCCUCAGAUCCUGUUCAUGUGCGUGGGUCCUCGAUAUUGAAGCUGUCACCCAUGCACAUCUUGUCCGCAUUAACAUUAACCCAGAUAGGGGGCACUCUAAUGACUGUCAGAUGCUGCCGUGUGGCGCUGAUGCGUGGGCUGUUAAUCAAGUGAGAAGUCACUGAGUACAUAAAGGACCGACCUGCUGCUGGUUUCGCUGUAAUCCUUUUUUAAAGUCCUAAUUAGAAAACCUGGCAGAGUAAGUUCACUAAACUCUUGAGACUUGUCCAUCCAAAGAUAGUCAUUUAGUCUCAGAAGUUAUAAUCAGAAUACACCACUCUGGAUUUGCUUUCUGAUCAGUCUGUCCUUUUAUUCCACAGGGAGCCAUUUUUUUACCCGGAAACAAAGUUUCAGAGCAUCCGACAAACGGAGAUGAUGGGGGGAAAUUUCUCUUCGAGGUCAUUCCAGGUAAGAUGAUAGAAACUGACAAUUUACUCUUGUCCGAGGAGAAAAAAAAUGACAUUCAGCAGGUUUCAUACUUUGCUGAAACUACUAAAGGUGUUGAGAGAUGAAAUCAAGGUUGUGUUUUGCGUCUUAAAGACAAAAAAAUAAUAUAUUGGGCUGUUUGUAUAGGGUAGGCUUAGAUCAUCGGAGGGAGAGUGUCAACAGGAAAUGUCAUAGGAAAGAGAGCAAAGAGGAAAAUCCGUGAUUAAUGUUUCAUUCAUUCAUUCUGCUUCUAGCUUGCAAAUUAUUAUUCAUCCACUACAGGGAACCUUUGUCUUAGGACCUUAAGGGAUAUUCCGGCGUAAAGUUAAGUUAUGGUCAAACACAGCGUGACACCAAGUUAGACACCUCGUUGAAAAUGUUGCUGAAUGACCGAAUGUUGCCGACUGCUUGCUUUUCUCGUUAUACUAACUUCAGUAAUGACCGCAGGAUAGCAAUACACAGCAGUCUAAGGAGACACGCUCAAACCUCAACCAAAACGCCACAAAUAAUGCUCAGAACAGCACCUAACUUCAUCAACAGUACAUAUAGGGUCCCAGCCAUAGUACUAGCCACCAAACAUCUUUUUAACUUUGCCUAAUUUCUUUAGCAAAGAGACUAAACACAACUCACCUACUCUCUUCCAGUGACUGCUUGUUUGUAGCAAGAGCUCAGGCCAGUUCAUUACGGACUACAGCGGGGUGACGCAGCUCAAGGAACAACAUUAAUGAUCAUUUCUUUAUCAUUUCCUUAAAGUAAUAAUCGCCAUAUUAAUCAUUUUGCACUGCAGACACGGUAGUUCUUCUGCCUUAGCGUCUCGGUCUGAUUGCAUUUCCAUGAAGAAAUGAUCAUAAAUGUUCUUUCUUGAGCUGCGUCACCCCGCAGCAGUCUGUAAUGGACUGGCCCGAGGUCUCGCUACAGAUAAGCGGCUGCUGGAAGAGAGUGGGUGAGUUGUGUUUAGUCUCUUUGCUAAAGAAAUCAGGCAAAGCUAAAGAGAUGUUUGGUGGCUAGUGCUAUGACUGGGAUCCUAUAUGCACUGUUGAUGAAGUUAGGUGCUGUUCUGAGCUUUAUUUGUGGUUAUAAAGUGGCUGUUGUAUUGAGCCCGUGGCUCUGUGUUUUGCUAGCGUGCGGUCGUGACUAAAGUUGGUAUAACUAGAGAAGCAAGCGGUCGGCAACAUUCAUCUCUCAAGGGGAUGUCAAAUUCGGUGUUUGACUCACUUAAUUUUACGUCGGAAUAUCCCUUUAAAAUGACACUUCCUUCUCUUUCAAGGAGUAAUCUAGCUCUUUAUUUAGGUAAAUCACAGGAGGAUUCAUCGAUAAUACAGAGCCACUUUCAUCGUGACACUGCAGGUAUUAGCAUCUCUGCUAUGACUCUAUUUUCAAGACCAGAGACUGCUUCUUGGUGCCGCUAACACAUGUUGAAUCCAUGCUAUAUCAAUUACUAUACUAAUGAUCACAUAAAAACAGUAAAAACAUCUGAAAACGCAUAAAAACCUGCAUCCCAAUGUGUCAAACCAUCGCUUUAGUUUAGCUUUCUGGAGCUUGGCUUAGAAAAAGACUCAAACCACUGACCACUCUCAUACAAAAACUUUAACACAGACAUAUACAUAGACACCAGAGGACUGUAUAAAAACACAGCCGAGUACAACAUAAAAUAAUCUUGGGGUAUUUUCCUGAGCCAGGAAUCUGAGCAUGUGGAAUAUGUAUUAAAAAACAGAAUUGCACUCACGGGACGGAGAAGCAGCUAGUAAAAGAAACAGUAGCAGAGCAUCAACACCAGCUGAUCAACAGAGAAGUCAAAACCCCGAGAGAAAUGCCAGGAAGUGUGCAGAAAGUUUAUUUUUCUUGGUCUUCUCCCUUGUGUGUGUAAACUGAAAAUUCGACUUUUCUCAGAUGAUUUGUUACAACUCAUGUCCAUCCAAAUAUUAGUCAGCGAAAAGGUCGAUCAGAGGCUGGAUAGGCCUGAGUUGAAUUUAAUGAGUGAUCUGAGUAGCUGGCUGGAGCUGACAGAUGUUAAGUCAAGGUGCUGUUUUACAGAUUGCCUUAUUUUUGUGGUGUGAUAACGGCAAGGCUGGUAAUAGUUAUAAUAAGUAGUAAUAUGUUUGAAAGGGGUGUUUAUGCUCUAAAGGGAGUACAGAAACACAAGCCUCUGCCUCAUUGUUCCACCUGCUAGUCCCACCGCUUCCUGAGGUAUAAAUCACACUUGCACGGUGUUGGUUUUCUACACUUACAGACAUCAUCUAUUUCUCUAUACAUCUAUAAUUUUUAAGACAUAUUGUUGCAUAUCACUGUUUGUGGUGUCAGGCAGAUUUUCAAUUUCCUCCGUGAGACUCAGUGUUUUCCAGGCGAAGCUACAAACAGUUUUUAUUCUGUCCAGACUGCAUUAUGAGGGAAAAACACAUUUAAAAUCCAGUGACUCCAUUUUCUCCAUCUGCAAUAACAGUCACAACAGAAUAUCCACAUAAAACCAGCUGCUGUUCCCAGGGUCUUGAGCCUCCCAGCUAACUUAUGUGCUUAAACAUCUGCUUCAUGGUGAUUAGUGUACAUAUUGCCACUUCAAAUAAUGACAGCUAAAAUAAUCCACAUGGCUCACUUUAAAGAAGGCCAUCUGUUGGAGUUGUUAUCAGACUGUUUCUUCUUUCUUUGAAGCAUAACGAACUACAGUUUAACACGAGUACAGCUUAUUAAUAUUGGACAUAUUGGACAUUAUCUGUUUUCCCUGUCAGUAAUACCAGAGUAAUAAUCAGGAUAGUUCUUGUAAGGAUAGAGUGCAGCGAGGGAAAAAAGUUAUUUAAGUACAAAUAGAUUUUAAAACCAUAAUAAUUACCCUAUAACCAAUUCACACCUCAGCAGCAGAGGCAAUUUAUCUCUUCUCUUCUCCCUGCUGCAUUAUAAAUGUGAGAGGCAUAAAAAAUAUAAGUCAUCAUUAAGGAAUAAAUGAGGAAAAAUGUUUCCCUUAAAGCUUGUAUCCUAAAAAAGUUUUUAAUGUGCCUAAGUUUAAAAAUCAGGGGCUGUUACUCUGAGGAUGUCCGCAGUAAUUAAUGGCUUCACCUUCAUAUUCCUGUUCCUUUUCUCUCUUUUCUAAAGAACAAGGUCAUCAUUGACUAAUGAGGCUUUCUUUACUGUCUUUGUAUUGGUUUAGUUUGAAGGGGGGUGUUCUAGUUUGAUUCAAAUCCUCUUGUACAAAACCCAACUUAUACAAAAGAUAUGGUCAAUGUGAGCCAGAAACUCUAGAACCUCACUCACUCAAAGUUAGUUUUGCCUUUUAAAGCUUACGAUAUUUUUCUCUCACUGCCAUCAAAGCAAGAUAUGUGACUGUGAACCCCUGUGCCCACAACGUAUAUUUAUAGCGCUACAGGGGUAUUUCCUAAAGCAUAUGCUAACAGUAACGGAGAAAGAAAGAGGUCACAAAGUCAGUGAACUCACUCAGAGAGAACAGCACCCUCUGGUGACGGGCUGCAGUAUAUGUCAUAAAUCCCGCCUCCGCCAGCAAAGCUUAUGGAGCUGUGGACAAACUUUUGAAAUUUAUUACACAGAACAUAAUUUUUUUCUCCCCUGCUUGUGAUGUUGACAUUUAGUUAUUGUAAGACUGGUUUGUGCUCAAGUCCUCUUUUUUAUGUGAAGCUCCGUUUUUAAAUGUUAUUUGGGGGUUCGUGUUUUCUAUGAUUGACACUCGAUACAGCCUAUGGGCGUACAAAGAUUGCGUAGCUUACCCGGGGAUACGCUGUUUGACCAAGUGUCAUCACAGCGACUCUCGGCGACUCUCUUGGCGAAGUGCGUACAACGCUACUGAGCAAUGUUGGUUUCAGGAGGUGGAGAAAAAUUGUGGAAAUACCAAAAGCCUUCUGGCUUUGAAUCUGUAUACUGGUGGAAUGCAGAACCAAGUUGUCCAUAGUAUAUGCAGUCUAUGUGCCCAACACUACAGUAUAAGUUUCUCGCAUUUAUUUAAAAUGUCGACAUAAUCUGCUCAGGAUAGGAUGAGAUUUGUGCCAAAAGAACCUUCGAUGCCUAGGAGCCACGAAGCCACCAAUCAAGUUUUCUUGUGUGAUCAGUAUGCUGUUUUUAGAGAACAAUUUACGGUAUCAAAACUGGACCUAUUUUCUACACAACCAAUGCAGCUCAGUGUUUUUUUAACCCAUAGACACCCCCAUUGUCAGCUGUUUUUUAAGCUGUUCUCACAAAGUCUUCAGGCCAGUUGAAACUGUUCAAAUUUGUGAACCUUUCCUCUCUCUUUAAUGUCAUUUUUUGAUCAUUGACCAAGAAGGGGAAUGAAAUCUGAUAACAAUUUUGUCAGCAACAUUGGCAUCAGUCUGUACACUAGUUUAUUGAUAAUGCAAUUUUCAAAACCACCUGUUUUUUUUACACGGUCUUCGAAAAAGUCCCUCUGAAUUGAAGCAAAUAUGAAGCAAACAAAGCGAUUAAGAAUAGACCUAAUGGUCUCUGGUGAGGGAAGCAGAAGCGGCACAGGACACUUUUGUAACCUACAGUGAAAGUUGGAGAAAAGCACCUCAGGUUUAGUGUCCUGUCCUUAGUGUCCACUCGCUGCUAGUGCAGUAAAUGCAGCGAGUGGACAUAGGCCCUGAGAGGUCGAUCAAAAAAUAUGAACCAACAGCCUGAGUUCAAAAAAUGAGAAAAAUUAGUAACAAAAAUCUAGACAACUACAGAAUUCUUAUGAUUACAUACUAGCGUUUUUUUUUUUCAUAUACUGUGCAUGGACAGCUAUGUAAAAAUGACAUGUAACCCAAUUUUCUCAGUCUUAUUGCAACAUUGAGAUAUUGUUCGCAUUUGAUCACUGUGCUCAAAUCUCUUUAAUAGUCUUGCAUCUGAGAUUUCAAAGUGGCACCAAUCCUCUAAUUUAACUCUAAAAUUAAAACUAAUGAGUAUAUUUCCAAGAAAACCAUGUUAUAUAAGCAUUAAAAGAAGCUUGUUCAUGAAUAUCUCUCUGGUUUCACGAGUUGGCUCACAUUUAUAUGACCACUUUGUCCAUAUAAAAUUUCUUCCUUCACAUCAAACUUUGUGUUUAUUAUGACUUUGCCUCAGUUGCAUUCAAAUUAGUCACACAGGCCCAAACAUGGGGAUUAAAGCAGCGACUGCCCGCAUGUUCACUACAAAGUCCUCGUGGGGUUUUUUAAGUACAUCACGACUCAACAGACUUGAUGUCUCAUCGGCCCUUAAAGUACCACUAUUACUACCAAACUGUUUUCCUCAUUCUGCUGCAUCCACUGCUACACCCUCAUAAUGAUGGAAAACAAGAAGAUUUCUUGUUAUGAAACAGCAAAUAAAGACGUCUCACAGAGGCAGAGGGAGCAAAUGAAAGGAAAGCGCGACGCAUUUAUUCCACUGGUCUGAGCGGAGCCCCGCAGUUUGAAUGUAACACACGGACAGUCGUUGGCAGACGGACAGACGGGAAGUGAUAGAGGGGGGUCAGAGCUGUACAGAGAUGUCCGUUGUCUUAGGAGGGCGGUGGUGAGGUUUGGACAUGAGCAACAUCAGGACAUCUGUAAGGGGAGGGAUUAACACUCAACUUUGUGUUUUAGAGCCAAAUCAACAAGUUAACAUCUACCUGAGUAACUUAAAGUCUUAAAAGUUUAUAAAACAGCUUUCAUUGAAACCACAGCUGCGUAUUUUUGUAACCAGCGUUAGCAGUGAUGUGUGGUGGUUAUUAACUACUGCAGCUGACUUUUGGCAACUGUUGGUGUCGAGCAUUUAGUCCGCAGUUGUCUAUCUUCAGCUACUUGGGAUAUAUAAUAAGGCCGUACACAGCCAUCAUUCAGCACUUUAUUUAUAGCUUUGGAACAAAUACAGCUAUCUCAGCUUACAUUGCAUGGGUCCACUAAUUGCUAAAUAUAGCAGAGAGUUUAGCUUCUUUCCACACAGUGACAUAUUGAAAUUAAUAUUUCCCAUCGGUAACACAUCUGCCUCCUCUUCUAAACUUGGAUCAGAAACUCAAACAUGUUUUUUUUAUGGCUGAAAAACAGCUAAUUUUCAUAUGUAAUAGAGUGCUUUGGUAACACUUUACAAUAACCAUAAUUGAUAAAUGGUAAAUAGAUAGUUUAUUAAUGUUUAAUCAUCAUUUAAAAACAGCAUAUAGACCAAUUAUAAAAGGCAAAUAGUUUAUUAAUGUAAGUUGAUAGUUAUUUUACCUUUAACAAGCAAUAAAAUUAUGAUUAUAAAUGGACUGUUUAUUAAAGGUUUAUAUAGGGUUUAAAUAUUGGUUGUAAAACAUCUAGAUUAAAGUGUGUCAGCAGCACUUUGUAAAUGGUUAAUAUUUGGUUUUUAAACCAUCUAUAAAUGUUACUUCGAUGGUGAUUGUAAAGUUGCAACUGAUGUUUGUAAUACUUUGAGAAUGAUUGAUAAGUGUUUUAUAAACCACCUAUAAACAUUACUAAGAUGGUUAUUGUCAAGUUUGGGUCAGGGUUAGGUUUUUAAAAUUGUAAAAUUUACUAUUUAUUGAUGGUCUAUAUGCUAUUUAUGAAUGAUGAUGAACAUGAAUAAACUAUCUGCUUACCAUUCAUAAAUGGUCUAUUUACCAUUUAUGAGUUAUGGUUAUUGUAAAGUGUCACCAGUGCUUUUUUUCUGUAGUUUUCUGUGGGGAUGGGGUCUAUUUCCAGCCAGUAUGAAACUCAGACACACACUCUCACCUGUGCAUCUUCUCUGUAAUAGUAAAAUCACUUCUUCUUGCUUUAAUUUCAUAGUGAUUGGCUGUUUAGUUGUUAGUUUAUUCAUGCUCGUCGUGGCUGUCAGCAGCAUUGGGGCUCCUUGGUCCCCCUUGUCUGAAAAGCAAAAUGAGGUCUUCUGAUCCUCACAAACGAUAAUUAUCACUCCAGUUCUUGUGGGUGAUUGACUCAACUCAACCUUGAUGUCAUAUUUUGCCGCUUCGAGACGAGUCUUCAAAGGCUUUAAGCUUUCUUAGAAAGUUUCUCUCAGCGUCUGUAAAAUUUUCAGAAUAGCUGAGAAAAUUCUCUGCACCUCUCCUACAAGCUCUGAUGUUUUUUCCUGUUCCUCUUUCUUGCUCUUCUCUUCUUUUGUUUCUUUGUCUCUUUCACAUCUGUGUGCUACACCUGCAGAAAGAGUCACUGAUGUAGAAAGAGGGGGGAUUUUUCAAGCACCACAUGGCUUACAAUAUUUAGACUAGAAUCAUGGCCCUUAUUUCUCACUGUCUGACACAGACACAGGUACAGACACAAUGGGGCUUUUGUUUUGCUCACCAAAACUGAUACUUCACGCGUUGGUGGCGUUGUCUUUCAUCAUAUUGACACGUUACAACAUGAAGAGGCACACAUCGGCCUGAGCCAAAGGGAGUAAUAUGCAUCAAUCAAAAUACAAGCCUCUGGUACAGAUGUUUGUGUAAUCCAUGUAAAUUUUAAGCUACGCGUCAAGAUCACAACAGACACUUUUCAUGCAGAUAUAUUUUGGUGUACCUGCAAACUUCUCUAAAUUCUGGUGCUUGCUGAGGGAUCACAGAGAAAGUAGCUUCUUAAGAGUAUCUCUUACACACAGGCGGCUCUGACAGAAUGAAGCCCGCAUUUCUCUCUGUCCAUAUAUCUGGAGUACACAUCAGAACAUCCCGCCGCUUAGGAUUAGUGCGCAGUUUUAUCUGAUGUUGUUGAAUCCUUGCAGGAAUGUCAGCCAUGAUCCCACUACAUCUGUUUGAUAUAUGCUUUUCUUUGCGUGAGGGAUUCAGGUUUUCAGACUGCGAUAACGCGAGAGAGCCGAGUUAUGAAUGUUGUCAAAAUGGCACAGACUUGGUUGCACAAAUACCUGUAGCUAAAUGUCACUCCCCGUGGUCCGACUGUGAUUAAUCAUCCCAUUGGUUUAAAAAAAGAAAAAAACACAGGAAACACUCCCCGCUGUGUUCGUGAUGGAGAAACAGUGUGCUCCUCUUUCCCCAGGCCCUAAUAAACACAGGGCUCUGGCUCUAGUCUGAGUUCAGUAUGUCACUCUCUCCCCCUUUUCUUUGCCUCCAGCUUGGUCUUUUCCACCCUUCCUCUCUCUUUUUAUCUGGCUGGUAGCCGGGUUAGGGUUACCGGUCUGGACACAGCAAGCCUCCAGCAAACAGCUGAAUUAUGGGAAUAUUUUCCCGCUCACCCCCAGAGGACACCAUGCUUUCAUUCAUUUGAAGACCUCAGGAUCAUGUUGCCAAGAGCAGGUGGACUGCCUGGAGCAUGAAUGCUGUUUACAGAAGAAAGCCUGAGUCUAUUUAUUACACACCUGAAGGGAAGAAGAAAAGUUGCCUCAGCAGAGAUCAGAUGUGGAUUCAGCUUAUUUUAAAAGAGGAGUAUUAUGGUUAGGCAUUUUCUAAUUUUAAGUGUGAGUGCUGCAGUAGAGUUAGUGACUAAAGAGAGCCGCAGAUCUCCUGUCGUAAUAAAGCAGACAGUGCCAUCAUGUGGUGAAGGAGGUUAGUACAGCGCUGGGAAAAACAAAGAGGCUCCUCAAUGUAAGAAUAACUUUAUUUUUAUUUUAUCCCUGAAGGGAAAUAAAAAUUAAAAAUAAAAUAAAAUAAAUAAAAAAUAAUAUAAAAAAUACAGAGUAAAUAUUAUAUGAAUUAUGUCUAAUAAAAUUAUGUCUAAUAAAAAAUAAUAAUAAAAUAAAUAAAAAAUCAUAUAAAAAAACAAAAAUUAUAGGAAUCAUGUCAGGAGUUAAGAGGAGUUUUUGACCAGUUAUGAAACAAUUAGGAAAUAGAAAAAGACGACCAAGUGACCAUGCUAGACGCCAAUCAAGAGACGCUGCUUUUUUUAAUAGUCAGAUGCACUUGACCCCUAAAAAAUUCUAACAAGAGGUUUCUCAGCUGUUUUUUUUAAUAGUAUUAGGUGUCCUUAAUAACAUAGAAAAAGUUUACAGAAGUUUGACCACUAAAAAGGUGCCAUUUUCAAGAUAGUAUCCAUGAUGGGUAGGAAGCCCGGGGGAGACACCCAAGGAGAAUAGGGUAAAAUUUUGAACUAACAGAUAUCACCAUGAAACUUCCCGAGUCUAUAACUUACAUUAAUAAGUUAAUAUGAAUAUAAGUUUUGUCAAAUUUUAUGUUUGAAUAUGUAAAUGAGGCGAUAUCUAAUUAAAUAUGCACUAAUUUGCAUACAUUUCCAGAAACCAAAAACUGAACAACAGAUAAAGCCCCUUUCAAAAAUUCUUGUUAUAUUUUGUUGACAUACUAGAGUCAGAAAAAGGGGAGGAGGGGACUUUAGAUAUCUCUUUUUAUCACUCUGUAAAUGAGAAAAUAUUUUCACCAGCCCUAAAAAUGUUCUUUUUCCAGGUCUUUAAAAUGACCAUUACUCCUUUGUAUUCCUUCUAGACCAGGAAUACUGGUGCCUGAUACAUGUUUUGACUGUGUAAUGUUCAUGUAAUAUGCAAAGACACCAGAAGCAACCUGAUUUAAAUAUUUAAUGUUGAUAGUCGUAAUGCGUGAAAGAGCAGCAGGGGUUAUGUGUUUGACAACUCAAUACACAGAAAACUGAUUUGUUGAUACAUGUUCAACAAAUCGAGUGUUCGGGGAAGCAAGAUGGAGUUUCAAGUCAGAAAAUAUGACCUUCAGACUUACAAAACAAGAUCCGCAGAGAAACCAAAGCCCCUACUUUGUCCAUAGUGGAUAGCAAUUGUUUCAUCAGUAUAACUUCUCCAUCACAAUAAGUCCAUGUUACGUUGCAUUUCUCUCUAGUUUACUCUCGCCUGUGGAAGCGUUUCAUGAGUUUUACAUGUAAAUAAGUUUGUGUCACUUUAUUUCUGAUGUGGUGAAUCAAUGAUUAAAUCUCCAUCAAAGUCAUGUGGCUGUUUAUGUGACAGAUGCAUGAUGGGUAACCGCAGGUCGGCUGCCUCUGUGACCUUUACUGUGAUUUAUGAGUGGCGCAUGUCACAGAGGUGAAUGUCUUAUUAACAGUGUGUGACUUGUGUGAUUGAUUUAUGAUGAUGAGAGCAGGUAGGCGAGGCAGAGCCGGAGUAAACAGACUCAGCUGUCAUUAAAUGAUUAGUUCAGGAAUGUGCUCGCUUUGCUUAACUUUAUUGUUGGACUUCUUAUUAAACAGUAACGAAGGAUCCCCCAUUGGAGAGUGGUGACAGACAUGCAACUAUAAGACCGACCUUCCUGCUCACUUAUAAUCCUGUAUUUAAGCUCUUAAAGUUGAUGAUGGCAUGAUGGAUGGAUGAGUUUAAUAAAAGAAAAGCCUAACCCAGCAGGGAGCCGUGUUAAUAACCUAAACAAUUCAACCGCUUUUUGGUUGAUGGUCAUAAAUGUGGCCAACUGAGAGAGCUACCCUAGUGUUUUAAGGUUUAAGACGCCCCAGUGGAGUUAUUGAGAAAACAUAUCAAUCUGUGGUGUUGACAUUUAAGCCUCAGGAUGUAUAGAGGUGCCUUUCAAAUUGGCCCCAUGUCUCAUUAGUCAUGAAUAACUUCUGUUGGCUGUACAUGUGUGUAUAAACAAAGGUUCAGUGACUGCUGCUUCGGCUUCAGUCUUACUGUAAUUAUGUUGGUUUCAGGGGGUUGUUAAAUCACUACACUCCAUUCUUUAUAAUCUCGAGUCAUCUGAAGCUCUACUUUGCACACAUGAUAAUGGUGUUUAUUGAGUGUCUGGAAGCCUGUGGACUAUUUUGAUCCCAUAACAAGCUCAGAGCACCACUCAUAACUCUACUUUAGUAUGGGAUCCAAACAGACACAACUGGUGUUAUACUUUUUGACCUUCUCUCCCUGCAUAUUUGUCCAGAUGUAAGCUACUGUUUCUGCUGGAUGUGUCAUGAUUUAUCAUUAAUCACUCCUUAUGCAGAGGUAAAAUGUAUUUAACUUUCUUUUAACAGUAUUUCUAAAUGGACUGGUCAACAGCAUACCACAGAAAUAGCCUUUGUUAAAAUUUUCGAUUGUAAAGACUUAAAGUGACGUAUUCCUCUGCUAAGACACAGCAUAAUGAGGGUUUGAUGUUGAAAGAGCACUACUUUAAGGGUAGAGUAAGAAUCUUGUUGAUACUGAUCUCUGGGUGCAAAAUACAGUGAGUCUCUGGGCAGAGCCGGCCCAAGCCUCAAUGCAGCCCAAAGCAAAAUUUGAUUUUGGGGCCCUCUGUUUCUGCCAAUAAUAUUGAUUAUUGAUCAUUCACACUCCUUCACAAAUCUCUUAUAUUAACACUUCAUGACAUGCAAACAUACCUUUAUCUUGGCAUUUUUUUCUCUUCUUCGUCUUUCUUUUCUCUGCUCCUGAAGGAUAUGUCCUUUUUUGCGACAUUGUUUUUCCCCCCACGACUACAUGCACUUUUUUAGUGCACAUUGCAUUGACAUAUGGGCAAUAAGAAUCAUAGACCUACAUGAGCAGCAGCACUAAAAUGUUUUUAAUUUAUUUUAUUUUACUUUUACAAUAAUUUGCAUUUGAUCAUACAGAAAGCAUCACUCAUACAUGCAAAAAAUAAAAAUAUAUAUUUUUUUGAUUGCUCUUGGGGGCUCCCUAUUGGCCACUGGGCUCUAAGCAGGUGCUUAGUUCGCUUAUGCCUUGGGCCGACUCUGUCUCUGGGAGUCUGACUCUUGAGACCCCUGGGAGCUAUAGCCAAAAUUUUAAGGGGUGUCUUGAUGAAAAUCUUUUGCCAUUAUCACUAGAAUUACAAUUUGGAGGCACAUUUUUCCAGUUCAUUAUUCAAAUAACAAAGAUUGUAUCAUUAAAUAAGAAUAUACAAAAAAAUGUAAUCUGGGUAGGCCUACAAAUGAUCCACAAACCAUGACCUAGUAUGGCCCCAACAUACAGCCAGAAAGCAGUGGACUUUUUCUGUGAGUUAAUCGCACUGUCUGGAAAAUAAGUCAAAGAAAAAGCGAAAAAGGUUUAUUGCCUUGUAGCUUUGGAUUCAUAUCUAAAAAAGCUGGAAUAACAAAGGCGGAGCAGAGACAACUGCAGCAGCAGCAGAGAGACAUGAACAAAAGUAAAGAUCAGCAACCCACCGGCCCACAAAACAAAUGGAUGAUAGGUGAGGGCGCAGAGUUUGGCUAAGAAUGGAAAGUUAGGCUGUUUAGUUUUUGGGAAAGGGAAGAAUAAUGAGAGGAGUCACUUUUUCACAAGGGGCACCAGAACUGACACAAAAUUAGAAUCUCUCUACAGGAGCUAUAAUUCACAAUAUACAUUAAUAUACAGUUUGAUAUUUCCUUCUAAGUGAUGCAUCUUGCAGCAGGUUGAACAUCAUGGUUAAAUACAGGUCAUUUGAUCAUGAGACCUAGUUCUACUCUUAAUCUGCCGAGUGUCUUCGUAGAUCUGUGCAUGAUGAUUUUAUGACUAUACAAAAUUAUUAGUCGAGAAAAUUGAGUGAUAGUCAAAUAUUGAUGUGGACAUGCACCUAUUAUCAAUACGGUGGGGGAAGUGGGGGUGCAAUAUGCAAAAGUAAAAAGAGCUGAAUCGUGUUAAGAUUUUAAAACAAAUAUUGAUUUAAAGAGAAAACAAAUCUUUCAAGUAGGCCAUUAUUUUCUGAGAGCCUGGUUUUGAUUGAAAAACAAAGCCCAAAUUUUAAGCCAAGCGUAGCCGUGAAAAAUUAAAAUCUCUGUGAAAUUAAAUUACCCCUUCAGCCAAAUUCCUCCCCCUACACCCACUUCACUAUUGUAGCUUGAAUUAAUGUUAUUCCAAAUACAAGUCUGAUCAAAUUAAUCUGCCAAACGGGAUAUAUACAGGCAGCUCUAUGUUUCAACGCUGUAUGUUUUGAUAUAUUGAUUUAAUUAGCAUUACAUGUAUAGUGCCCAGAAGACUUCUGAGGCAUCAUAAAUUCAGGGAGGCAACAGUAUCAGGGAGUGCAUUAAGAGAGAGCGCAGUAACUUGAUAUUAUGGAUCGAGCUAUGAAAAGAAAGAUGAUUGGCAAGAUUCAGUUUUACAUAUAAAAGUGUUUACUAUCCUCACUGGAGUGUCUGUUUUCAGUCUGUGGGACUCUGUCAGUGUCUCCUCUCAUGACAUUUUUAAAAGGUCACAAAGUGAACUUCUCUUCCCGCUCUCUGUCUCCUCGUUAGUGUGAGUGUGUUUGUGUGCAGCCGUGUUUACGCACACCCAUGUUUUCCCAGUGUGUGCAGAUAAAGUCAAUACCCCGCCGUCUUUGACAUGGCGACAUAUGGUCCUCUUGGAGGAGUUGUGGCUUGGCAAUCUGCUGCUGUUGACAUUUUUUAUCUGAGGCUUUAAGACUCACAUCUCAUGUUGUUGUUCUCUUGAUAUCUGAAUUUAUGACCAAUAGCAUGCAGUGUCACACAGGGGGGAAGAAGGUCUUCUCAGUCAGACACAUACUGUGGAUUUAUACAUCCUGGCAGCAUAGAAUGUGAAAAAGACUCCAGAGGCUUCAAAAAGGUUUAAUAUCAGCCAAGAGAGCGUGUUUAUUUUCUGUAUUGAAUUAUGUCAUCAUAUGAGGCAGUUUUAUGAUCCUUCUGAUACUGAGUCAAAAAACCAACAGUUUUCUCCUCAGUGCAAGAUUUAUUAUAGAAACUGUAGACCACCCACUGGCUUCAUUAGAGACAUUUUCACCAGGGAGGAUACCAGUGGGGGUGUUUGUGAAUGGGAAAGUUAAAUAAAUGCUCAGUUAGUUUUUAGGCUGACUGAUGUAAGUGGAUAUUUUGAAAAGCAUCAAUCAAAAUGUGUUUGUAUUUCAGUAAAAAUACUCCAUCUGUCUUUCAAACUACACACAUGUUUAAAGAUUUUUAAUAACCAAUGACAAUUGACUGAAAUUUAUAACAAUAUUCAAAAGCAAACAAAACAAAGAUCAAAAAGACUGAAUAUUUUUAUAUCCUUAUUUUUUUGUCUAAAACUUCUGUGAGAGGGAAGGUCCAAGCCUUGCAGCUGUAGACACAGCCCCAUUUUUACAAUUUCCACCUAUAUUAUUCACAGUUAAUGGCACAUUUGACUGUCAGAGUCAGCAGGAUGAGAUUUGUUGUCAUAAAUCACUACUGACACGUGUGGCUGACAGGAUAAGUAAGGACUACUUAGUCCACAGGGGGCGCCAACACUGUCACAAACCGAAAGUUCCUCACAGGAGCUUUAAUGCUGCAUUGUACUCGGAAGUCAGAAUUUCUGAGCUUUGAGUUGGAAAUUCAUCUGGAAAGCCCCCCAAUGUCAGAUUCCCAACUUGGAAAGUCGGACAAUCCUCUCCAACCACGACUUGACGACAACGUCAUUAUCCAAGAUGGCAGCGCAGUGCAUCAACAGUAGAGAGUAAAAGUAAAAGCUCUUGUAAUAUAUUAUUUAUUAGCACUUCUGUUUUGUUUUUGUGAAAUUAAAUAAGUGGUAUAUGUUGUGCUGCCCAACAUCUAACUGUGAACACAGAGCUAUGAUGUUUGUAAGAGUAAAAUACUGUGUUAUGAGUUGUUUACAACUGGUAAAACUAACAACAACUAACAAAAGCUGACAACCGCUAACAACAGCUGACAAUGGCUAACUGCAGCUGUCAGUUGUAAACAACAGCUAACAAUGGCUAACUGUAGGCGUCCAUCUUGGUUUUCUGACUUGUUAACUGGGAUGCCAUCAACAUAAGUGUAGCAUCAUUCUCAGCUCCGACAUCCAACUUCCGAGGUAACUGAAACGCAGCAUUAGUACCACUGCUUACAGGAUCUAUCUUAAUAACUAUGGCUGUUGUGCUGUGUUGGUAUCGUAUUUUGCAUGGUUAUUUGUGGUCCCCAGGGGAUGAUAAAGCUUUCACUUGUCUUUAUACGUGAUGACUAUAACAUGCACAGAAAUUCCCUUUAGUAUGGUCAGCUGUCGGUCUACAGUGUAGCCUCUCAGAGAUGCAAGCUUGACUUCAGAGUGAGUGUAGAUAUGUAUCUUAUCUCCAGGGUGACACAAAUCUGAUUUACAUGGAGACAGUGUGACACAGUUUUCAUUAUGAGAAGCUGCACUGCUUUUCAACAGCUAGCAAAGAAGUCCUCAUUUCAACAAUUAAUUUCAUCAAAUCAAAUUUAAAAAAUGAAAAAGCAAAAAUAAGAGUAAAAUUCCAACCUAUCACCACCCCUCUCGUUCAAUUGCCUCUGUCAUGGAGGCCAUUUAUCAGAGCAGGUUGUAGCUCAGAGUCCCACUGGUUAAAACCAGUGAAGACCGACACUCUCGGUCUAAAAUAGGCCCUCUGGGUCCUGUAAUGCUGGUCAAGUUAUUUGCAGGGCAGCGCGUCUGCUUCUCCAUAGUUGCCUCAGCAGAAGUUGGAGUUAAGACAAGAUAAUAGAAGCAGAGGAGGAUGAAUUUAAGAUAAGAUGCUCCCAACCCAGUUUCUGGAAAAUCACUCAGAGUCCCACAAGCUAGACUAUAGACAUCGCUCAUUUUGUCUUCGCAGAGGAGUGAAAUGCUGACAUUAACUGGGGAAACAACUGGAAGGUUUGAGAAAGAAAACCCAGAGGACAUAUUUUUUAUUCAGGAGGAACAUUUCAGAGUCUGAGAAAAUACCUCUGGCUGUUGUUACUGAGAUAUUUGGAAACUUCAACUUCAAGCCUGGAAAACACUUCUCGAGAUGAUGCUGAAGUGUCAAAUUAGUAUCACAUGUAGGCGAGGUUUCAUUGUUCUGUGUUUGUAGACACUGAAGGCAGUACAUUUUUGGGAACUUUGUGCUCAAAAUUUGCAGGCAACUCAAACGUCUUUUCAUUUAAAGACUCUGACAGGGUGCUUAGAAAGAAACUUUGGCUGACUGUCAAAAGGAUUUAAAAGUAAAAACACAGACUCCUGAAUGAAGGUUCGCAGGGGUAACAUCUUCUAAACCUCUCACAGAUCACUGAAAGUUUUGUGGUUUGGUAAUCCCGUGGCUCUGAAGAUCAGGGAAAGGUCACUGACCACGUCUCUCACAGGAGUGUCUGUGGGAGUGUGUCUGCCAGAGCUGCAGCAGGAAGCUGUUCUUCUAAUGAUCAGGUUUGUUCAAGGGGGCACUGGACUCUCUGACAAGGAUGCCUCCUGCCUGUGUGGGAUUUUCACAGACUGCUCAUUAAAGGCAGAAAGUCUGGAGAACGUUAACUUCAGAAACAGCAGGAGAAAAUCAGUUGUUGUUGAAAUGAUUGUCCGUACUGGGUGAUGUUUCCUAAGUGUUAUAAAACAUGCUAAGUGUGAUGACUGACAUCUCUCAGAGUGAAGUCAGGGUCUUUUAGAAACAGAAGACUAUUAUACUAUGCUAAAGCAGGAAAAACUGCCUCUAAAAGAGAAAUAAUUGGUUAGUAUGUUGUUCAAAAAGUUGUUGAUUUCAUAGACUUGGAUGAGAAGACUAUCAGCUUUUACGUUAGUCUUAAAGGGAUAUUCUGGUGUAAAAUUAAUUUAGGAUCAAACACACCAUAACACUUACACCCCUAUGAGAGAUGACUGUUGCCGACCGCUUGCUUCUGUAGUUAUACCAACUUUAGUAACGACCGCACGAUAGCAAUACACAGUGAUCUCAGGAGCCAUAAACAAAACUCAACCAAAAGGCCACUCUAUAGCCACAAAUAAUGCUCAGAACAGCACCUAACUUCAUCAACAGUACAUAUAGGGUCCCAGCCAUAGUACGAGUGACCAAACAUCUUUUUAACUUUGCCUAACUUCUUGAGCAAAGAGACUAAACACAACUCACCUACUCUCUUCCAGCAGCCGCCUGUUUGUACGGAGAUCUCAGGCCAGUCCAUUACAGACUGCUGCGGGGUGACGCAGCUCAAGGAAGAACAUUUAUGAUCAUUACUUUAUCAUUUCCUUGAGGUAAUAAUCACCAUAUUAAUCAUCAUUAUUCAUGGACUUUUUGGUUGAGGUUUGUGUUUGGCUCCUCAGACCGCUGUGUAUUGCUAUCGUGCGGUCGUUUCUAAAGUUGGUAUAACUAGAGAAGCAAGCGGUCGGCAACAUUAAUCUCUCGAGGGGGUGUCUAACUCGGUGUUACGGUGUGUUUGAGCCUAAAUUAAUUUUACGCCAGAAUAUCCCUUUAAAUGUAAAAAAAUAAGCCAAGCAAAAGAAAAACAAGCUUUAAACUGGUAGUUGGAAAGUUAGAAACCUUUCAUUUGCAGUUUAUGUACCACAAAGCCCAUGGAAGCUCAUAUAAUGGCUCAAACUGCACAGUAGAUGAUGAAGGCCAUUUUUCAUGAUGCCAUGAUCGAUCGGCCACUAAAUGGGAAAUGGCAGCUGCAAUAACAACACAAGGUGAUAACGUGUGGGAUGAGUGAGUAAAGCAAUGUUGCCUCAAAACCGUACAGUAUUCUGUGCAGGAAAUGCUGUCUCCAUUAACUGGAAGCAGCACUAGAUGACAAAGUAAUAGCUCGAGGUGUUUGGUGGUUUUGUGAGCCUUAAAGGACAGCAAAUGGAAAUAAUACACAAAAGAUUCCCAAAGGUACAUGAGAAGAAACAGGGGACUUGCGAAUUCAGUGUCUCCAGACAAGAAGCUGCAUACCUUUUGUACGUGGCGGAUGUUGUUUGAAACACAGAGAAUUCCAGGCCUUCUUCUUCCUUUCUUGUGUUUGUGUCUGAGGGUGUCUGCCGCAGUGAGAUCCUCAGGAGGAAAUGCACAAAUAGGCCAAGUCUCAGGCCACAGAAAGGGACAGGACAGGAAGCCCACAUGCUUACAUAACUGCUUUAUUGAGAGGAUCGGUAUUUGACAUGUCACAGAGCUAUGACCCCCGUCCUCAAACACUUGCUCCCACAUGUAUCAGGUUGGCGGAUCUCAGUGAGGGCGCAGUUUGGACUCCAGGGAAGUAUUGGCAAUACUUUUACAGUGUGUUUGUCUUGAGGGGACUCUUGACUUGAAUGUUCAGACCAGUGGUAUGUAAACUCAUUUGUCUCUGCAUAAAUAUUUAGGCGUUUUCUCCUUCACAGUAAAUUCCAACAGGUAGGGUCUGUCUAAAAUGCUAUCCCCCGUAGACUCGUAGAGACACUCUUUUCCAUUUAAAGUUGUGCUGAGACCACUGACAGGACCAGCAUACUGGUAUCAGUUAGUGACAGGUACUUAGAGUGGUACUAAUAUUUGACCAAUAAUAAAAAUGGUAUUUAAAAAUGAUACAGAAUUGAAGCUUUGACUCAUAUUGAUACUGGUGUCAAUACUUGACCCUUGCUGGUACUGGUAUUAGUAAUUAGUCAUUGAUAUUAUUGGUAUUGACACUUGACUGAUAAGGAUACUGCUAUCAAUAUUAACUUCUAAUGAUACUGGUAAUAAUUCAAAUAUAUUGAUACUGGUAUCAGUACUUGACCUGUACUAAUAUUGGUAUCAAUACUUUUCUAAUACUGUUAUUGGUUAUUAGCCAUUAUUGAUAUUGGUUUUGACACAUGACCUGUACUGAUACUGGUAUUGUUACUUGUCCUUUACCAAUACUGAUAUCAAUACUCAACCUAUACUGAUUCUGGUAUCAAUACUUGACCUCAACUGAUCCUGUUUGAAGUACCUGACUUAUACUGAUACUGGUAUCAAUACUUUACCUACAAUGAUACUGAAUUAGGUCAUUAGCCGUCAUUGAUAUUGGUUUUAACACGACCUGUACUGAUACUGGUAUUGAUACUUGACCAACAGGGAUAUUGUUAUUGAUAAUUGACCUCUAUUAAUACUGGUAAUAAUACCUUACCUCAUCUGAUUCUGGCAUUGAUUAUUGGCAGGGAUUGAAACUGGUAUUGAUACUUUACUGAAACUUACACUGGCAUUCAUUUUUUGAUUGUUACUGAAGCUGUUUUUGUCGAUACGUACACUGGUACCAGCCUUAGCAAUUAUGUGAGGUACAGGGUACCAUCAGGAAAAUUUGGUAGUCUAAGCUUGUAAAUGACAGAGGUUCAAGCUCCUCCACCAUUAAGGUCUACAUUCGGUAUCCACAGGGCACUUGUUUCCUGCCUAUGUCUGAAUGAAAAGUAUCGGCACUACUGAGAAGGACAGAUGGAUAUCAGAGAAUCUCUCCUGCCAUUGAACAGAAGCCAACCAAGUCCUGGUGUGACUGACUAACAAUAAACAGGCCAUUAAGACCUUUCUGCCACCAGGGAGAAAACCUCUGUGUCUCAGGGCUUCUUGGCCACCAGUAGCAGCAGCCUCGACGACCCCGCACCGCUGUAUUUAUAGAGAACCGUGGAUGAGUCAUUUGGCAGAGUGCCCACUCUUCGUUUGCCAGAUUUACAGGUCCCCACUUUAGGGAGGGCUGCAUGAUUUACGAUACACCCCCCUUUCCCCCUCCACCUCCAGCACCAGCUCCCACCCCACCCCUCUCACUUCCUUCAGAGACGAGCAGACACACCAUCUUGCCUUUGGCUUGCUGUCUCACUCGGUUUGAUUCACUCUUGCGUUUCUUUUCGUGUGUGUCUUAGAAAAAUGCUUCCUCUGCUCUUCCUGCUGCUUUGAUAAAAGUAGAUGCCGGGAAUGAGGGAAAGCUUCCUGAGAGGCAGACAGACUAGCCUUAGCCUGACCUCUCCUAACUGCUGCUGAUUGGUGUGUCACAUCGACCUGCUUUUGACUUCAGAAAACCAAGUUUUAGGUGAGAGAGUUUUAUGAGGAGGAGGAGGAGGAGAGUGAGAAGAAGGAGGAGAGUAGGAACGACAGCUCCGAGGGAAGCAGAGUGUGCUUUAGCAGAAACAGAAGGAGGUAAAUCUGUCUGUGGCUCAGAACGAGAACAGAUGAAGAGGUGGCAUCGGGGGGCCGGCGGUCAGCAACAGCGUAGCUUUUGCUCCCUCGACCACCAGCUGAGAAGGGGGCACGCCUUCCUCUGCGCCCCAUGGAUCUUAACUCCAACUCAGGUCUGUCUCUUUACAUAACAGGAAUGAACACUAACAUGCUUGCGUGUGGUUUGGACUGUUGCAUUACGGUGGCUGAGAUAUUAUUAGACUUUGCACUGUCUUUAGUUUCAGUUACGAGUGCAGGAAGGGGUGGAAGGAUUUCUCAGACAGCUUUACUUGCCUUAAACUUAAGAUACAAAGCAACUUGUAAAUGAGUUGCAAAUUGCUCCGUGUCCUUUUGAAGAAAGUGUGUAUUCAUUCGCCAUGUCAAGAGUUGAGUCUUUUACAAGUUUCCGUUCAUAACUUACUUUAAUUGGAACAUUGAUUUCAGCUGAACAGUUUAUGAUGUGUGCAUGCCUCACUUUCCUGCUGUUGUCAUUGCAGCGUCCCUCUUAUCUGCCUACUGUACCAUCUGCUAAUAGGCUUUGAAUAAUGGAGUAGAAUCUGAUGUUUGGUAGGACUUGAGCUACAUAAAAAAAUAUAAUAAAUUUAUAAUAAAAACGUUUAUAAAAGUUGCAUCAACAAGAGAUGAAUGCUAACAUAGUAGGAAUGGAACCAAAGGGUGCAGAGCUUCAUAAAAUUAAGCCUUAAUUUAGGAUUUUACAGAAACAAACAGAUUAAAUGCUGAUUUUUUUGUUUUUAAAGUUUGUUUUGGAGCUUUAAUCAGAGACAGGACUGAAGAUAUUUUAGAAAACUGAAGAGUGAGAGAAAUGACAUGUGGAAAAGGGUCAAGGGUUUGAAUUUAACCCUGAGUGCUACAUUUGUGUACAACUUUUAACACAUAACACAUUUAUACUUCUGUGAUUCAAUAUUUGAUUCUGAUUGGUCAAAACCUUAUAAGGCAAUAGCCUGAUCCCAUGCAAAUCAAAUCAGAUCAUUUGGCGCCAAAGUGAUCCGUGCAAAUCAACUCGGCCUGUUGACACUGUGGCAAAAAUGGCUUUUUUCCAUUCCCACUCUGAAUCACAAAACACCACCCGGUAUAUUUUUAAUAUUGAGCUUGGAUUUAGUGGGCGAGCACAGAGUUCAAGGUUCAUGGUUAAUGGGCGACCAGUAACUCGCAAAAAGAAACAAUAAAGACGGUUUAAAGAAUAAUAAUAAAAAUUGUGUUUUUUGCAGUGAAGCAGAGUUUUUUUUAAGAGUUUUUCCCUUUUUUCCCUUUAUACAGCUCACUGCAGGGGGGCAAUCUAUUGAGGCCAAAAGAUGAGGGCAUCAUCACUCAGUACGUUUAUAUGACACUCAAGAAAACCAAAUUAUUGCCUUACUCUGAUUAAGACCGGACAACUGAAGUGCAUGUAAACACAUGUCCGACUAUAAUUGGCAUUUAAGAACCCGGAACAAAAACACCAGAGAAGAAGUGGCACUAUCAUUUAAAGAACUUCUGACUCAGAAGCAACUGCAACAUGGCUGAAGCACGAAAGAAUGUCCACUUUUGGAACAACGAGGAGAGUGCAGUUACGCUUUCUGUCCUGACAGAAAUGGACAUUUUACAGUAUAUGGACGGUCGCAAAACGAGGAACGGAAACAUCUUUAAAAAAAGGUCUGGAAACAGCGCCACCGAAAAGACCCAUACUGCCCCCUAGUUUUGGGGAGGAGGACACAUUCACGUCAAUAAUUCGAUUUUCUCAGCGGCAUGUAUACGCAGACAUGGAGAGAAGUCCAUUUAGGCGAAAAAAAACGAAUUCUGAGCUUAGUCCGAUUAAGCUGUGAAUGUAAAUGCACUGAUUGUCAUCUCCUCAUGAUCUCAUCCAUGCACGGCCCAAAUAUUAAAGCCUGAGACAUCAUCAAGCCAAAGAACAACAGAGCGUCUUUGAAAUAGCUUUACUAAUUACACAUUUCUUUAAAAAGGCACAUUUAUUACUUAACAUCAUUCAUGUUCACUGCAUGGAGCUGUAAAGUUGCGGUGAGUCAGAUUGUCAGGGAAGGCUUUUUAGAGCACUGUUUUUAUUCAAUUAAAACGUCAAUAUUUAGCUCCAGCGUUUCUAUAAUUGUGCACACAGAUCAGGAUAAUGAUUUAUUGCUGUAUCAAUAUUUCAUCCCACCCCAAGUGUGGAUGAUUGAAAGAUCUGAGCCGUUAAUAAAACCAUGUGUAACAACAUAAGCUGUUACCCCACAUAGUUUUACUGCCACUUAGGUAUGCUUGUUUAAGAUGCACGGCUUUAAAAUAUCUUGCCAGAGGACAAAAAAUAAAACCUAAGCAAAAAAUCCUUCUCAUAGCCGGGUCAAAUUCCACUUUGCUACCCUGCUCGAGGCAGAUAACAGGAACACUUGUGAAUUCACAGCUCCCAGUCUGCCUGUAAAUCCAUCCUGGUCAAAAAAAAAAAAAAAAAAAGUCUUCUUAUGCAAAAAGCUGAAGCAACAGAUGGGAGAGCAGUCAGCCAGAACAAAUGUUGUAUAAAAUGCUGUAUGUACAAACCAGAUAGAAAUUAGUAUCCAAGAUUUCCAAGAGGAGACGCUAAAGAAAAUGAAGAAAAAUAGAGUUUUAUACUUGGAUACUGACCUGUGUGUGUCAUAACCAAAUCUUCUCAUCAAUCUCUUAAACUCAUAGUUAAAGCCCGCCUUUGGUUGUCUCUUCCUAGAAUAGAUCAUUCUUGGCUAUGUUUGACUACAACCCUGCAUAAAGAGCGGUCUUUGUGAUGAUAGGAAGCACAUCAGAACAACCAGUUACUGUAAUUUAACACACCUCUCUGAUUACUAGUUGUGUUUAUGAAAACAGCAGGUUGACAUGAAGCGUAUGAUGACUUCAUUCGGACACAAAUUGAAUAUUUUGUCAUACUGUGGUCGGCUCUGUGUCACAGUCAGGACUUUUGGUUCAAACUUUUGUUAUUUUUUUUCAUGAUAUGUUUGCACAUUUUCCAAAGAAUAAAUAAAUACAACAAAGUUAAAUGCUGUUAAAAGGUUUAAGCUCCGAGAACAUCAGCAGCAGUCCAGCACACACACACUGAAAUACACAGAGAGCCAACCUCGCUGUCAGCAUUCCUCUGUCUCUGCACUUAGAUCAUCACCAAUCUUUUUUCUUUGACCCAGCCUGCAUUUGCCCCCACCACCCCCUCCCUAACACUGCAGCCCUCUCCGUCCGGCAGUGCUUUGGUCAGCUUUGUCAGAAAAAACAACAAGGAUGUGGAGCUGCAACACAGACAGGACUGCUGCAACAGCCAAAAUGAAAACACUCUUACCCGGCCAAAGCUGACCAUCUCUGUCCAGCGCCUUUAUCGAGAAUUGGAAGGUUUUAUGAUCGCCACAGAGACAUGUGUGCAGAAACACUCAAAGAAACCAAUCAGCUCACACCAAAAGUGAUGUAAUCCAUAUUCCCCCUCAUCUCUCGCUAUAGGGAAAUAUGAGGCAGUAACAGAGCAUUGAUGGUGGUGAUUGAUGAAUUUCAGUGUUCACCUCUGACAGGCCCUUCAAUCUCCAAAUGCAAUUUAGCAAAUGAACAUGUUGAUUAAUGCUCUGAUGUUACAUAACCAGAGUGAAUUCAGUUUAUCAUGAGUAACUCCAAAUGAAUGAAAAUCUGGAAAAGCUUGUUGUUUAAGGGUCAGCUGUCAGGAUUUCAUCACAUUUUGGAUGAAUUCCUCUGGUUUUCAUUAUCCAAAGAGUCAAAUCCAAAUAUUUUCUGUUUCAGUUUUUCCUCCUUCGUUACAUUUUCUCUUUUGCCUGGUUCUGUCGGAUCAAUAAACGAAUCAAUCUGCAGUUUUUCUUUACACUGAGAUGGCUUGUUGGGCAAAAUGCCCUUCCAGCAAUGAAACUUGUGACUGUAUAAUCAAAUAUAUAUAGACAUAAAGACACCACCCAUUUUUGUAGAAAGGUGAUGGAGCCUGACGAUGGCAGUCAUCGUAUCUCAAACACCAGAUUAAUUUAACUCUUGAUCAGUUGAGAAACUAGAGAAAAGGUGGAUUGAAGUUGACCUUAAAGUCCCACUCAGAUAACUUUUUACUACUAUUUACACUGUUCAUAGGGGUCUUUAAAUUGUGAAUACAAAGUUUUUAGUCAAAAUCUCAUUACCUGUGGCAUUUUCAAGAGCUUGUCUUCUGCAGAGCUCCAGUACCUCAUUAGCAAUUCGUCUCUGAGUUGAGGGCGGAGACAGCGCUGCUCUGCUCCCUCCUCUUCACGCUAGCUUGUAGCCUAACAUUACCAGUGCAGCAGAAGUAGCAGGUAACAUAAGAGCUAUUCAGCUCUCGGACAUUGAUGUCUUUUGUUAAUAUCAUAAUUAGCUUUCUUACGAGCAUUGCAAUCCGCUAACGCAUCAUCCUCUCUACUUCUCCGAGUCUGGCCAGCAAAAUGUGGCUCUGGGGGCGGAGCUUGGAUUUGUGACAUAGAAAAUCCCACUGUGUCUGAACCUGCUGUCUGGAUCUGUGAGAAGUUCACAGUGAUUUGAAUGCAGCAAUACUCAGAAAUGCAAUUUUGCACUUUGUUUUCUCAUGAUAUGCCCUCUAGCAUCUGAAAAAUGCCAUAUGAACAUGUAGACAACAAGAAAAACAGGAUUUUUAUCAGAGUGGGUCUUUAAGCUUCCCAAAAACAGCCACAGACUUCACCCACUGUCUGUGAACUCUGUGCCAGUUUUUAAAAAUAAAGAACUGGGCUAAUGAGACCCAAACUGGUUUUUGAAUGGUAUGCUUACAUGGGACCCAGUGGGGAUCCUUGGCUUCUGCAGCCAGCCUCAAGGGGGAACUUGAGGCUGUAACAGGGGGCUGCUUUUUUUACCAUAUAUUUACAGGUCUGUUUCUUAAGACCGAACAUCGCCGCUUAGCUCCGAGUUUAAGAUAGGUAGUCCUAACAGCCAGUCUUCAGGCUAACAUAUAGUAUUUACUGGAUAUAGCAGUGGAUGUAGCUUCUUGGUUUGACAAGUGAAGGAUUUGCCUCAGAGCCUCAGAGGAUGACCCUACUUGGCUUGCUGUAGGCUUGCUGCUCUAGCACAUGCUUUCUGGGGGGGAUUGAUGAUCUUGACUCUUAGCUUUUAGUCUUAUUAAGACAGCAUCAUGCCUCUUUAGUAAAUUAUGGGCUUAUUUGGUGCAAAAACUACAAUAAAGCAACAAAGGGUGUACUUUAGUCAUGAGUCACUACUCAAGCACCAUGUCAACCAGGCUAGAAGAAGAGCAUUAUGUAGCUGCUUUGACAUCCAAAUAUGGUUAUUUCUAUUUUCCAUCUCAUAUAAAAUAAUCGUCUGUCAUUGGCUUGACCUGAGUCAGGUCCCAUGAAAGUCUGUCCUAACCGGAUGCUGACCAGACUCAUCUGCCAGACCAAAUAAAACACGAGACCUUGGUUUUGUCUGGUUCCCAGGAUAAGUCCUCUUUGCUUCUCAUGGGGAAAGACAGCAUCAGUAAGUAGCUCUGCCUCCAGUAGUCACACAAUAAAGCAGAAGUCAGGUUACCAUAACCCUGUCUGGAAAGUUCAAAGGGCUUCUCUAAGAGACCAGGCUGACUCAACCUACCAAUUCUGGCUGUGGGGAGUGCAGGUGUGCCCCUGCCCUGAGGCCCUCAUCAGCUCUGAAAGGUGAUAUUAGAAGGUAUUAGUGGGCCAGGCAUCACUAUGUCAGGUCUUCUUCUUGUGUUGUGGAUGAAGAAACUAUCAUUCCUCAUCCUAGAACCAGGAUGUUUCCUUUAGAUGUCUGUUCCUACCAAAAUAGUUGUUAUUCCUCAUCUUAGCGAUAAACACAGACGCUGUAAUAUCUUAGAUCUAGCGUUUGAGCAAUCUAUCUGUGUCUGUUUACACUGUGCACAUGUGUGUAUGUGUGAGGCCAAGCACAACAUCCGGUAUCUUUAAUCCAAAUAAAUUUAGAUAUCCAGAAAAUGUUGUGGGAAAUAACUUAUUUAGGGUUACAGAGUUCACACGAAGCAUGAAUUCCAGGCAUGCCCACUAUACAGAUUUACAGUCCCACGGCCAGGAGUGCAUGAUAUACAUUAUGUCCGAGUGGCGAUCUGUCAUAGAACAAAAUGUUUACACUACCAGAAGACGCCUACAUUUUUCACAUAGACGCAUAACAUUAUAUGCAUAUUUCAGUAUAGAGAUAACACAAACACUCAUCCUGCUUAUCAUGUCUAAGCUAAACCGAGUUUAUACUGUAAAUGUUGGUUAAGUGUGUCUUACAGGGUUAACUUUAGUGCACUUUCUUGGAUCUGUAUUCGUGGCACCUUCUCCAGAAGUAUCUCUCAGCCUGUAUCUCUGAUGCAACACUUCGGCCCUCAUACAAGUGUUUAAGUGACGAAACCCAGCGCUUCUAAUAUUUUAAUGGCAUAAUAAUCCCCUAGAGGAGCUGUGAGAGGGCUUACAGUUCACCCUCAAGGAUUUAGGUAUUUUAAAAAACCUCAGAGUCCUGUGAGGCAUGGCUUAAAGAUGUUUGGAAUUAGUCUUGGAUUAUUAUCACGUUAUACUGCAAAUCACCUCUGACAUGGAUAGGUGAAACUGAAUAUUUGUGGUUUUAUACGAGUGACCGCGAGCUUCUGUAUGAUUUGUAUUUACAGUCCACAGAUUUGGCUUUAACCCCUUAAAAACUAAAGUAAACAUUCAAAUAACUGGAUUCUGUUUCGUUUUAUUUUUGUGUUUGUUUUGGUUUCUCCAUAUGUUGGCAGAUGUGCUACCAACUACCUAUAUUUCACACCCGUUUCCAAGGAAAAACACACUUAUUUUGAAGGUCUCAUGAAAUUUCUGCCCUUGAGUCUACCGCUGGUUUCCAUUACAGUUAAACAUUAUCACUAAAUCUCCCAAACUAGCAUUGACAGAAAAUUCAGUGUGUUAAAAACUGUCUGAUAAAUUAAAAAACAGCAGCCUCCCCUUUUUAAAAUACCUUUCUAAGCCUUUAACAACUCACUUUUACCACCGUAUUAAUCUCUAGUUUUUAUGAUGAACUCGUCAACUUAUGUUCCAACACAAGCUCUGGCCUUAAAGUCUCGUCUGAGCCGUGUUUCCUUUUCCUAAAGUUGAAAUUGAUUCCCCUUACAUAAUGCUAUAUUUACAGCAGCCUUGGCAGGACACACAGACAUGGCUCUUUAUUUAGUUGGCAUGAAAUCAGAACAGAGAUGCUUGGCUUUUUGACAGGCCUGCGACCUCCCUGAACAGACUGACCCAUCGCUAUCCCCACUGUCCUCAUGACAACUCAUUAAAACUCGGCUCAUUCAUACGAACUCAACAGCUGCCUUUGACCAGCGGCAUUCAUUUUCUUUUGUGUCAGAACAGAGGAGUGGAUAUUCAGCGACUGAAUAUCCUUCUUGUUAGAGUUUUAACUUUCAUCCUCAUUUUCUGCGCAAGACCUUUGCCUAUCACAAGUCAAGUUUUCAUAUUUUUCUUUCAGCACCAAAGUAACGUUAAUCUCCUUUUUUUGCCUUUCUUCCCAGCUGGCUUAUGCAGAGAUGGACAGUAGAGCUUAAAACCCCCUGUCCCCUUUGACCCCCUGCCUUCUAUUCACUUUGUUUGUCAUUCAGCAUCAGAUGGUAAUGGAUAGCUGUAGUAACUCUAUGGAGUCUGUGUUCCCUGCCAGACAAUGUCUUCAGGGACUCAGGCGGAGGCUAAUGUUGUGGUGUCUGACUCCAGAUUAUGUCCAUUGACAGGCAAGGACCACCGUGACACCAGGAAGAGAAUUAGCCAUCGAUAUCUUGCUGGGGGGUCAGGUGACACAGGACGCCCAUUAUAGAUACAUGGGAAGAUGUAGCUGCAAAGCAAGGAGCUGUAUGCAAGGAGUCCAUGCAGCUUGACUCAUACUGAGAGUUUAGUAUUUGCUCAUGAAUUAAAAAAUCAUGUUUUCUUUCACAGUGUAUCAGAUCUAAACACUUUGUAAAAAUAUAUACAGCAGAGCCAGAGAGAAGGGCCAUAUUUAAAGCUCCUAUAGGGAGUUUUUUUAUGUUUAUGAUAUAGGCUGAAAUUCACACAGAUGCUCGUUUAUGUCAUUCAAAAUCAAACAAGAUCAUCAACAACAAAAUGACGAUUAUAAUAUUUUAAUGUUUAAUCCAGUCUAAGUCGUGGGUGUCAGCCAAGCAGCUAAAAGGACAGCCCUGUUUGUUUGUUUUUCACAAUUUUAACAUAAAACACUCACAAUAAUUGAAACAUCUGACUGUCAAAAGUCAGGGGGAUGAGAAUUUUUGCCGUAAGACACUAUUCAGAGGAAAAAAUAAGCAAAGACUACUUUGUCCACAGGGGGCGCCAAAGUUGGCACAACAAAAACAUAUUUGUCAACACAAUAGAACAGCUAAAAUCAGCAUUCAGCCACUUCCCAGUCAAAAUUUAUGUCUAAAAUUCACAUAUGAUGGCAAAGAAGAAACAUACUAUCCAUAAUUUUAACUGUAUCAAACAGGAAGUCAUAAAAAACGACAAAAAUAAAAGCAUGACAAUCAAUUAUUAAAUGAUGCAAUGCACUCUCCGAUGAAGUUAUGGUGCAACAGUGCUGUUGAAAAAUCACGAAUUUGAAUACUGCUACAAAUAGAUGCCGACAUGUAAAGUAACUGCAUACAUAAGUUAAGUUUAUGAAUAAAUAUGUUGCCUCAUUCUUGUCUUGGCUUUCCCUAAUUUGGCAGAUUGUGUUGUUUUAUUUUGAAACUCUAACAUAGAGAUAGCCCUUAUAAAAGAAUAGUAUUUGGGUUUAUUUACAAUCCCAGUAUGAGGGUUAUUAUAAGUAUCAGCUAAUUGGUCAUAUGAAGCACCUUCAGCAGGAUCAGUUUGACCACAUCAUGAGGCCGGGAACAGUUUGUGGUUUAAUGUUGAAUAGCACCAAAGUGUGAAUGGGAGAUCCCGUGUUUGCUUAUGGGGUCAUGCCCUGUGUUGGACCAGUGGCCUUUCUAAACCCAAGCCUUCACAGAGAUUUGGCCAUUGUUACCAUUACAGUGCUCUAGAAAAGAGUGUGUGUUUGUGUGUGAGUGUGGGUGUGCGUGUGUGUGUGUGUGUGAAUACUCCCCCAACCCCCUCUUCAAACACCUCACCUCCCUCCCCUCCUUCCCUUUCUCUUUCACACCCUCUCAGCUGUGCUCACUCACUCAUUCUGAGCCGGGCCAAAAACUGGCAGAGCUGCUCUUCAGUCAGGAACUCCCGUCCCCAAGUUAACCCAGGCAGCCUGGACUCUGUAACCCACUCGGGGGGCUUCUGUUCUGGAGUGUGGAGGAGACAUGGAGAUGGUCCAUCAGGGGAUUCAUAGUUUACCUCAGUAUGGAUUAUCUGGUUUCGUAUCCUCUCAUCAAGGUAACAAAUAAGUGCUUUAUUUGACUAAUUUCAGCUCUUUUUUCGCUCUCCUCUCCACUGCGUUACAGGAGAGAUGUUUGUCUGGGCACUUAGUCUUAACUUCAGACUUCUUUGUUGUAACAGCUGCACUUAGCAGAGGGAUUAGAUCAUCUGGUGGGUAUGUUACUCAUGAAUGAAAGGCUGUAAAUAAGGUUGCUGUCAUUCAGAAGAUGAGAAAAGAAAAGGUUUUUUUUUCCCACUUGUAAUCCUUGUCAAAGUUGUGCAGUGUGUAUGAAUGAAAACAUCUUGCAUGGUAUUGUGUUUUCAUGGCUCGCAGAGUGACUUCCUGUUCUGUCUGAGGUAUUUAUGAUGUGUGGACUUCUGAGAAGACUAUCAUUAGGCACAAUAUUGAAUCUCAACCUGCCCCUGCUUGCAUGCAAACAAGAAAACUCAAGCAGACGAGACAAGAGACACCAAUGUGUUCAUUUAAUCCCCCACUGUACACAAACACACACACAUUCACACACACACACACACACACACACACACACACACACACACACACACACACACACACACACACACACACACACACACACACACACACACACACACACUGGGAGAAUUAUGACACAUAUUUUUGUCAUUUAAAGCCAAACAAGGUGGUUACAGUGUCUGCAUUGUUUUCUGGGCCAGCAGCAGCUGCUUCCUCCACUUGGCAGGCAGCUCAUUCAAAGUCUGGAAGAACUUAACAUUUUCUCAACACGUCUCACGGUAAAUGUAUUUCACUGCUGAGCCUUCUGGAUAGUUUUUGGGUCGUUUUUCACACUCUAUCCUCCACGUCUUUCUGAGAGCAGACUCCCUAGAUUAGAACUUUUCUUCACACAAGAUUCUUGCACCGAGGUGAACUUGAGGUUUUUAGUUAUUCUUGACAAUGCUGCAGCUACUGCUCUGAAAUAAGGGCACAUCAUCUUCUUCAAGCUUUAGUUGUUUGCUCAGAACCAUGUCUCGGGGGUCUUUUAAAAUGACUUCAAUCAAGAAACAAAAGGCUUUAAAACAUGUUGUUCAGCCAAAAGUUUGACUAAAAGACAGACAGUUUCAAUUUUCUAAUGUAAGAAUACCACCAAGAGACUGUUAGCUUAGUUAGAGGCGUGAGAAAACAGCUAGCAGGCUCUAAAGGCAAGAAAAGCCACAUUAAAGCUCCAAUGGGGAGUUUUAGGCUGGCUAUAACAAUAUUCAAAUAUUCAAAAUGAUUGACACAUUUGACUUUUUUAGGAUAAGAAUUAUAGAUAUAUAUUUUAAAUACCACUUCACCAUGAACAGGAUAUGACUGGAAAGGUGAUAAGAUGUACAACUUUGCUCACCGGGGGCACCGUAAUCAACACAAACAGAGAGUCUUUUAUAGCAGCUUUAAAGCUCCUGUGAGGAUUUUUUUUUGACAUUUAUGAAACUGACCAAAAGUCAUUCUGAUGUUUUUUUUUAUGAAACACAAAACCAAAAAUAUCAUAAUUGACAAGAUUGACCCUUUUCAUCUGUUAUUUUUACUGUUUGAAGCCUGGUGUGAGAGGGUAGGUGUCAGUGGAGCAGCUGAAGAAACAGACCUGUUUUUACAUUUUCAAUGGUAAAUACACACAAAAAUGAAAUAUUUGUUUGUUGAGAGUCAGCCGGGGGAAAAUUUCUCAGAAAAUAUUACACUACACGAAAAGUAAAAAGAUAGGAAAAGACCAAUUGUCCACAUGGGGCACCAAAACUGACAUAGACCGAAGGUUCCCCACAGGAGCUUUAAGUAAGAUAAAAAAUAAGAUUAUGAGACUACAUCCUGACAUCAAAAGACUGCAGUUUUAAGAGAUUCAGGCCAAUUAUUGAAAAUAAAGUUGUGAUUUUAAAAGAGUUAAAAAAAAUUUGGCACAUCAGCUGCACAUUUUUAUUAAACUUCCACUUAAGUCUAUCCUCACAUGAUGGUCCAUGUUUCCUUAUUUUAGUGUAAGUCUGGCCGACUCCUCCUUUAAUAAUAUAUCUAUAUUAACCUAAGACUAAAAUAACAACUUCAUUUUUCACAAUCAAAAAUUUAUUCUCAAAAUAAUCCAAAAUUGUUCUCUUGAAUUUUUUAUCUUUUUUUAUCUUUUUUUCCCUCAAAAUAUAAUUUUUUUCUUUUCUACAUUAACUCCCCCUCGUACUUUAUGUCAACUCUAAAUUCAGCCUGGACCACUUUACCUUAUUAUUUUCUUUAAUUUAUUGAAAGACAAAUUAAUUUUGUUGUUGGAUAAUGAUUGGGUUUAAGUGGUUUUAGUCAAUUUUUUGUCCAUAUAAAGUGAUUUCCAAUCAUUUACCGCUUCGCUAAACUAGCUCUAAUGUGGCUGAAGUUUAUUAAUAAAGAAGAUUAUUAUAACAGCAGGAACUCAUCUUCAGGAGAGAAUUCAAUUUUCAAUUUUGUGGACAAGUGACAGUUCACUUGUCCACAUUCAUGUAACAUAUUGUAGAAAUAGGUUUUUAUGAAUGCCCUGUAGAGUGUUAGCAGAAAACACAGAACAGUUAUCCACACAGUAUUUAGCUGAACAUGUUUCAUUUAAUCUCCUUGUUGUAGAAAAGCUGCGCUCUUGUUUUACAUGACUCACUGACAGCAGCACAGGGGCAGAGCGAAGUGCAUCAGGGCUCCAGGUAUUUGUGAGCAAUUACAGCACAGUGGGAUCCUUUGUUGUCUCCCACCUGUUUUGAACCAUUAGUUAAAGACUAGUCUGCAGCUGGCCACUCAUUACGGUCAGUGGUCCAAACUGGAAUGAACAGGUGUUGGCUCAACCCAAACUAAGUCAGAUCUGGAUUAUGACACGGACCGAGGGUGCUUUUAAAUGACACAAAGAGGCGCACACAGCAUUAGCGUUUGAUGUAUGAAGAUCCAGAGGUGUGUUUACUGCUGCUUUGUGUUUAAAAAUGUGAAACACUGGGUUCAUUUGAGGAACUUAUCUCCUUUGUUAAGUACUGCAUGAUAAGACUAACAGACGUCUGUAUCCGAGUGCACAUGCAGUAUGACGAAAAGUUGAAGUUAGCAUGAAAUAAGUAAUGUUAGAGCUUCAGUAUCGACAUAAUUGUUGAAUUACAGCUGAGAAGAGACACUGGACAGAAUUUCCUCUCUUCCUGAACUUUCUCAGACGACCAAGACUCAAGGUGAAAAAGAAAUCUCAAUCUAUUUGUCUAUUUUCUAUACAAGCUGUCCUCCGAAGGGAAGUCUGUAUGCGACUGUAAAGCUGACGAUUGUUCACAGCUGAGUGUCUAAAACCUUGCCGCAGAGUGCUGAAGCGUGGAGAAUCAGGGGGAUUGUGACAGCUGUCACGGUUGUCUCUUCAGGUACAGUUGUCCUAAAAGUGAAGAUCCUCAACUCUCCCUGGCAGUGAGCUCCUGCUAGCUUUGGUCUCAUUUAAGAGCUGAUGGAGGAGUUUUUUUUUUUUUUGUCUUUUUUGGACACACAUCACAGGCAGUCUGACAAUCAUGUAGUGGAGGAAAAUACUUGCAGGCAGCUUAACUACAACCUGUAAAGAGUCUGUCAAAGGGGAGCCUUUAUUGUUUAUUUAGAGAAUAUACUCUCGAGAUCAGAGGAGUUUUUUAUCUGUCUGGAGCUGAUCUUAAAAUGACCACAGUCCUGAUGGCUGGAAAAGUUACAGACCAUGAAUUAAAAAGCAAAUAUCUGUUGCCGACUGUAAAGUGGCUCCAGGUUUCUCUGCUUAUCUGUGUACUCAGUGCUUGUCUAAACCUGGAGUCAAAUCAUUGAUUGAAUCCUGUGUGUCUAAGGUCAGGAGACAAUGCUGAGUUACCUUUGAAUGACGUGUGUUUCUGAUUUGGCUCAAAGUUUUCAAGCACUAAAAUCUUCUUGAUUUUGCAACCGACUGAAGAAAAAAAAAUCUCUUUUAACUUUAAUCUUAUAACGUUUAAUGUCAAAUAUUGAAAUAAGCCAGUAUUCAUGAAUGAUCAAAGCAAUUUACAACACACAUUAUUCACGAAGCGAUGACUCAAUCACUGCAGCUGCUUGUCUGCUUUUUUAAUAAACCCUUUGCCUCCCAGUCAUGAGCACACGGCAUUUUGCUGAAAGCUGAAUGACACAUCUCUGCCAGACAGGAAAAGUAAGCGGCUGGUUCUGAACACCAUGAAAGACAUUUUCUUUGUUCUCUGUUGCGGCUCUGGAUGUUUUCUGGGCUCACAUUGCAAGAAUUACAGGCCAGUUUCAUUACAAACUCUUCAACAUAUUUCAGAUCCUGGUUGGUGCUAGGACUGUUCUGAAGCAGACCUAAUCCGCUAACAGUUUCAUCUCCAUUGUCUCGAUUAGAAGACAAACAAAAUUGCACCGCGCGACGAAAUCCCAUCCGUCAUCUGAGCUUGUUUCCAUCUGGGUAGUGGAGCAUCUGAAGCUGGAUCUGAAGCCUUGGCUAGAGGUCUUGGAGUAUAAAAUAUGAAUUGAUAGACUACCUGACAAGUAAUUCUGUUUGGGAAUUCUGUUAUAAAGUUGUACAUCUUGUCACCUUUCCCGUUAUCUGGAAAUUAGGGGCGUUUGCAUCCACUUUGUUUUCAAACCUCUAGAAAUCUCUAAAACUCACAAGUCUGUCACCAUAAAAUAAAAGAAAUGUGAUAUUAAGACUGUAAAACCUGGAUCACAUCAUCUUUAAAACAGGUAGAAGACCUAUUUGUGGGAAAAUCAAAUCAAAUAUUUACUUUGCUUAGAAAUCUCAGGAGCAGCUCUCUCACGGGGUCAGUUUUUCAAAGUUUUUGUCCAGGAAAUACUUUGAGUCCUGAGUGAGUUUGACACAUCACCCGUCCUCAUAAACCAUGAGGCCGGUUCAGCCACUGUGGAGGAAAGCCAAGCAUCAACAGGAAAUGGCAGGAGGAACAGGACUGUGUUGUAAUAGCCGUGGUAUGCUGUAUAAUCCUGUUGCACGUUUGUUUAACGGCUUCACAAGCGUUGUUUCCAACAGGAAAUGCUGUCUUCCCAUCCAAGCAGCGGAAAACACAGGCUGAACACUGAGGGCUGAUUGAUUUUAAAUGUGGACAAAAGCCAUCAUGGGGACACCGGGGAAUCUCAAUUACUUUGCAUGACAAUCAGAGCAGACAAUGCUGAGAGAAUGUAACAUGCCAAAUUAGUCAAAAUGUCCGACUGAUGCCUCUGUGGAAUACAUCUAUCAGAUCCACUCCAGUCAAAUCAAACUUAGACUGAUUUCAGCAGAGUAAUAUGAUGGCUGUAAAUGUGUGUCAUUCUCUGGGUGAAGCUGCUUUAAAUUUUUAUUCCAGUCCCAGGAUAGUUUUUGAACAAGCCCACCAUAGACGGGCUUUGUAUUGUAAGUGAUUUUUCAGAGAACACAAACAGGGGAGUGUCCAGGCUUCUCUUACAAAAUGAAUAGCAUUGACCCUCUCUAUCUUAAAGGGAUAUUCCAUCGUAAAAUCAAGUUAGGGUCAAACACACCGUAACACCGAAUUAGACAACCCCUCGAGAGAUGAAUGUUGCCGACCACUUGCUUCUCGAGUUAUACCAACUUUAGUAACGACCGCAUGAUAGCAAUACACAGCGGUCUGAGGAGCCAUAAACAAACCUCAACCACCACUCUGUAGCCACAAAUAAUGCUCAGAACAGCACCUAACUUCAUCAACAGUACAUAUAGGGGCCCAGCCACAGAACUACCUACCAAACAUCUUUUUAACUUUGCCUGAUUUCCUUGGUAAAGAGACUUAACCCAACUCACCUACUCUCCACCAGCAGCCGCUUAUUUGUAGCGAGACCUCGGGCCAGUCCAUUAUGGACUACAGCGGGGGGACGCAGCUCAAGGAAGAACAUUUAUGAUCAUUUCUUCAUGGAAAUGCAAUCAGACCAAGACGCUAAGGCAGAAGAACUACCGUGUCUGCAGAGCAAAAUGAUUUAUAUGGUGAUUAUUACUUCAAGGAAAUGAUAAAGAACUGAUCAUAAAUGUAUAUAUUUAAGGGGAGGGGGUGCAGUUGUUUUUAUACUCUCUGGGGGAGGCUCACAGCUUCAGACUUUGAAAACCCUUGCUUUAUAUAUUAUGUGCAUUGUUUUAUAGUCUUAAAUGAAAAAAAAAAUUGUAUAAAAUAAAUUUUAAAAUAUCAACAAAUACAGAUUUAGCUAUAUGUGUAUCAAUCCACAGCUGAAAAUAGUUUACAAUAAUAAAAACAUUGUACUCCAUAACCUGCAAAAUGUUCUGAGUAAUAUUUAAAAAAAUCUAUUCUGUGGACCUUUUUUUUUUAAGGUAUUAUACUCCUUUACAGUGGCUGAGAACCCUUACUGCUGCAAAUAAAAAAAAUAAUUUGUAUUUGCAUCCUUUUAUUUUCCCGGAAUUUUUUUUUUUUUUUUUUUUUUUUUUUGCAUUGCCACAUUUUUUUUUUUUCAUGAACUUCUGUUGUGGCUUUGCACUGCCUCUUUUUUUUAUAUAUAUAUAUAUAUAUAUUUUUUUGCAGCAGGCUUUGGUUUCUUUUUCUUUUCAUCAGUAACCUCCAUUGUGCCUUCUUCUUCUUUUUUUCUUCUUCUUUUUUUUUUUGCAUUCUUUUUUAUUUGCAGCAGUGGUGGUUCUCGGCCACCAUACUCUUUCACUAAAAAAACAGGCCCACAAAUACUUUUACUAAAAACAGGUCCAUAAAAUAGAGAUUUACCGGGUUGGACUUUCUGUCUGGCCAGGGGUUGACUUGACUCAAAAUGUUGGCACGCCCCUGGUCGCCACCGUGUUACACGGUCUGUCUCUCACAGUGGACACAUCGACACUCUUCCUCUCCUCCUCCUCUCCUCCCUCUCUCUGAAUUGAACCUGUUAUCAUAGAAACAUGCGUUAGGAGUUUACCUCCACGGUAUUAAUCACCUGUUCAACAGACGGAAUAUCUCGGAGCGGCGGAGCUUAAACACCGGCUGCAGGACUGAUCACAUGUGCGAAUGUAAGUGAGCUGCAUUCACCGGCGGCGUUCCGGUUUGUUCACAAAUUGAAUGUCUGUUGGGGGAGCGAAAAGAUUGAUUUACAUUGAAGAUGUUGAUUCCUGCACAGGAGGAGUCAGCUCAAGCUUUCUCCUCGUUUAUUUUUCUUCUGUAAUGACUUAAACGCUGAAAGAUAAACAUUAGUGUACUCGUCUGUCUUAGUUUUACGCUGCUUAAGCACUAGUGUUGUUCUGCAUGUUCAAGGCUAACGAUGGGGGUGUGAUUGUUAAUCAAUGUUGCAUACUCCAUGUGAAGUGUAAUUAAUGGGAGCUCAGGGGGGAAGUCAAUAGCGGGUAGUGACUAAUCACUGGAUCUGAAGCAGAAAGCACUAGCCUGAGAUUAAAAAGAAGAGCUUACUUCCUGGAGACAAUCCCAACAUGUGUUAAAUUCUUAAUGCCACUUGACGUUGGAUUUGUUCUCUGCCAUCAAAUAAGCAUCAUCCGUGGGUUACUCAAGACUCAGAGUGGAUGAGGGAGGGUAGAAGUCAUUUUACAAGCUGACAAAAUCCGCAAUAUUCUGCAACAACCUGUGGCUUUUGAUAAUGUCUGAAGCUCUGUUUUAACAUAAAAUACAAAUUCCUCUCUGGCUGUAUUAAAGAACUCACUGAUUGACAUUUGAUCUGGACAGAGAUUUAGCUGUGUAGAUAACAUGAAUUAAUAUACAUUGAAUUUAUUGUCUACACAAAUACAGUUGGAAAGUUGUUUUAUUUCUUUUACUGUAUAUUGGCUUAACCAUUAACCAACAUAUACUGCAUAUAAAAUGGACGCCGUCUGCCUCCUCGCUGGGUAAAGCCACUCCGAGAACAGCACCCUCUGGUGACUGGCUGCAGUAUAGGUCAUAUAUCCUGCCUCCGCCAGCAAAGCUUAUGGAGCUGUGGACAAAUUUAAGAAAUUAAUUACACAGAACAUACAUUUUUCUCCAUGCUGGCUGCUUGCAAUGUUGACUUAUUGUAAGACUGGUUUGUGCUCAAGUCCUUUUUUUAUGAACAGCUCCAUUUUUUAAAGUUAUUAGGGGGUUCAUGUUUUCUAUGAUUGACACUUGAAACAGCCUAUGGGCGUACGAAGAUUGCAUCGCUCACCCGGGGGAUAUGCUGUUUGAGCCAAGCAUCAUCACUCGGCGGCUCUCUCACCAAAUGCGUACAAUGCUAAUGCACAAGUGGUGGACUGCGUACAAUGCUGCUGCGCACGGUUGGUUUCAGGAAAUAGAGAAAAAACGCGUAAUUACCAAAAGUUUUUUGGCUUUAAAUACUUAUACUGAAAGAAGACGGAACUAAGUUGUCCAUAGUAUAUACAGUCUAUGUAAUGGAAGUACAAAGAUUUAAAUUAGGUACAAGGAAAUUAAUCGGGUUAACUAAGGGAUUCAUUGAUUUGUCAUUCAGUUUGUAUAACUUCAAUUGUUAUACUCAAAGUAAUGGUGACAGUGUUACGAGUCACAACUUUUCAAUCUCAAAUAGCAGCAUGGUUGAGGAACUUAUUGCAGAUCAAAAUCACACAAAAUCACCUCCUUCUGAUUCAUGUGUUCAUGCCUACAUGUUUUAAUGUACAGUCAACAAGUAGUACAAAUAAAGGUAUUAUGAGAGAAGCACAGCAUCUUUAUUUGAUGCCAUAAUGGAUCCUGGAGCUCUAAUAAUGCCUGAAAUAAUCUCUUCUGUAGUGACUCUACCCCUGAACCCAGACCCCUGUUUAACCAGUCUGUGUUUGCACAGGGAGCCCAUAAACAUUGUGGACAUGUAGUGUUUGCCCUGUGUGGCAUACUCAGGGCAAACACUGGCAUCUGCUGCCCGCUAAUGAGAUCUCAUUAAGACUGACUGGAAGCAUCCAUCUCACUGUCAGAGUCUGGCUCCAAAUACACCAGACCUCUCCAGGGACCACAGAAGUUAGUUUGAACCAAUGGUUUACUUCGUUGGAUUUAUCAUCCAAGAUGCUGAUUAGGGCUGUCGGACAAUGAAGUUUUAAAAUCAGAAUGAAUUGCUGAGGAUAGUUAAUUAAUCACCACUAAUCACAUUUAUGAUUGACAACUUUUAUUUUGCAUUGUACUUCACAUCCAUAUUAACAAUUGAAUAGUGAUUCUUACUAGUGUCUUGUUUUGGGAAUCAAGUGAAUGCAAUAAAAAUGUAUUGAUCUUAACCUUAAAGGGAUAAAAUUACUUUAGGGUCAAACACACGGUAACACCGAGUUAGACACACAACUCUACAACAACCUACUCUCUUCCAGCAGCCGCUUGUUUGUACGGAGACCUCAGGGCGAGUCCAUCGACUGGAGCGGGGGGACCCAGCUCAAGGAAGCACAUUUAUGAUCAUUAAUUUAUCAUGUCCUUGAAGUAAUAAUCACCAUAUUAAUCAUUUUGCACUGCAGACGCGGUAGUUCUCCUGCUUUAGCGUCUCGGUUUGACUGCAUUUCCGUGAAGAAAUGAUCAUAAAUGUUCUUCCUUGAGCUGCGUCACCCCGCAGCAGUCAGUAAUGGACUGGCCUGAGGUCUCGCUACAAACAGGUGGCUGCUGGAAGAGAGUAGGUGAGUUGUGUUUAGUCUCUUUGCUAAAGAAAUCAGGCAAAGUUAAAAAGAUGUUUGGUGGCUAGUGCUGUGGCUGGGACCCUAUAUGUCCUGUUGAUGAAGUUAGGUGCUGUUCUGAGCAUUAUUUGUGCCUAUAGAGUGGCGUUUCGGUUGAGGUUUGUUUAUGGCUCCUUAGACCGCUAUUGGUAUCGUGCAGUCGUUACUAAAGUUGGUAUAACUAGAGAAGCAAGCAGUCAGCAACAUUCAUCUUUUGACAGGGUGUCUAACUUGGUGUUACGGUGUGUUUGACCCUUAAUUAAUUUUACGCCGGAAUAUCCCUUUAAAAUGGCGACUCACCCAACUGGGUCAUAACUGGGGCACUGACACAUACAGGCAGGGUUUCCACCUCUUGUCACACCCCUGAUUACAAUUAGCUGGAUGAAAAAAUAAACAGAAUUAGUUAAACCUGACUUCAGCAUGUUAGCCUGAUUUAUUGAAGCCACAUUUAAUGAACAGGCUCAAGAAAAACACACGCAUUACUCUAUUUUGUAAAAGGAGGUGCAGACUUAAUUUUGGGGGUGUAUCUGAUUUAAUUGAUUUAAUUAGGAAAACUAAACUGAGAAUGAUUCAGUUUUAGCCCUGUGCUGAUAAACCUGUGCUGAACCCUGAAACUUUGGUUUUUAUUUCUUCAUUACGACUCCAUUACAGUAAACCUGAUCAUCCAGCUUGUCUGUCAUGUCGUGCUGUGGCAGUCUAUAAAUAUUUCCCGCAUGCGAUGCGCAGAUCUCAUCCUGUGCCACAAUCAAUGGAGCAGCAUCCCUGGUGGUCAGCCUCAUGAAUAAUUCAAUGUUUGUGCGACACACCAUUUGUCUCCUAAUGGUUCAUCUCCUCCCACAAAACACCAGGUGCAUCCCUGUGAAAUGCUAAAAAACAAAAAGAGUAAAUUAAUGAAUCGUUUGUUUCAUCUUAAUGAAGCAAAAGCGGAGCGGUGGAAACGGUUCUGUUGUCAUAGUGACGGCUGCGACGACCAGAUUGGUGAUGUGAAACGGGUCCAGGCCCUCAGCUUCAAUCUGUGCGGUGUCACAUGAUAGCAGGGAGUUGAUGGCCAGAUCUGUCAGGACUGUUGAGCCUGUCUCAGAGUGAACAUAUUCUACCGAGGAAACAUUUCUUUGAAUUUCUCACUGCAUGAACUAAAAAGGUAAUGUGUGUCCAAAAAUGUGCCACCUUUUUAGAGCGUUGCUGUCAGAUUCAGCUGUUAGAAGGGGAAUAUUUCUCUCUUUUCACCUUGAAUCUGGUUUUGAUACAUUUCUGUGACAUCAUAGCCUUUUUGAGCCAAUCGGAGUCCAGUAUUGAACUCCUCCUGAGCAUAAACACUGAGAAUACUUUAUAAAAGCAGAAGAAAUCUUGUGUCUUUUUUUUUGCUGGAAGAAUAUUUGCAUAUCUGAAGAUUUCUGAGUCUCUGAUGAGGCACAAAGAGAUAAUCCGAGUUUAAGAAAUUAUGUCAAGGUGAGGGAAACUUUUGCGUUAAAACCCCCAAAAUAUCCCAAACAUGUGAAAAAGAUUUCUGGAGGGGAUGUUUAACCUCUGACUUCUGUCUUCAAAGAUAAAACUUGACUGUAUCUGAAAAAUAUCAGAUUCAAGCAGUGCUCUAAGCUCCCCUGCCUGCUGUGUCAAGUUUCUUAUUUUUUUUUACUAAUUACUCGUGUUUUUGUGUCUUGUGUUUGAUCAGGGGGAGACAGAGAGCGGAUGACAGCCAACCAUGAGACCUACCUGCUCAUGGCCAGCACCCAGAAUGACAUGGAGGAUUGGGUGAAGACGAUCCGCAGGGUCAUAUGGGCUCCUUUUGGUGGAGGUCAGUACACAAACAUGGUUUCUACCUGUUGAUUUUUGGGAAAGGGAAAUGUCCAUGUUGUGAGGCCCUGACUUUAUCAAUGCUUCUUAACAUCUUCAAAUAAUAAUGUUCUCAAAACGGGUGUUAAACCAAGAACUGAAAGUCCUGAAAUUAGCUCCUACAGUCAAACUCUGAGUCUGUUUCUGCUGGGUCCAGCCGUCUGACUCCCCUGCGGAGAAGUAAAGACACGGUGACUCACACAACCUUUUAGUUGUGGACACCAAAAGUAAACACUCUGCUGCACACCUGUCCCAUUAAUGGCACAUUUGUGUGGCAGCAGUGUUAAUAAGCACAAGUGCUGCUGCUGCUGAUGGAAGGAUGCAUUAACUCAACAUGAAUGUCCGUCUGCCUCACGCUCCAUGCUGUUGUCUCUGCUGGGCAGCACUUAGCGUGGAUGUUUACUUUUUACAGUCAUGUAGACGGUGCGUGAACAGUCGCUUCAUUUUAUUUUGUUCUGAAUCUCACAGUCAUACUCUCUCUUUGGAGAUCAUAAAAGUUCCUCUUUCUUUCUUUUCUUUCUUUCAUACUUCCAGCAACUUGCUGCCUAUGUUUGUUAAUUAGCUCAGCAACCAGCCUUCAGAUGAGCUACCGCCACCUUCUGGUGGUGUUAACGCGCUACAAUCAGGCAGUUGCAAAAACAGUGGAAAUUUUCUUGUCAUUAGAUUCAGAUUCAGACUUUAUUGUCAUUAUACACCAAGUUACAAUGAAAUUAGUUUUGGAUGCAAUAAAUGUAAGAACAAUAAAUAUAAAAACAAUAAAUGUAAAAGCACACAGUAUAAAAACAAUAUAAUACGGCCUACUAAAAGAACUUUAAAUAAUGAAAUAUACCGUUCUAAAAAGAAACUUAGCCUUCCUCUCAUCCACACAUCAUUCAUGUAUUUCACAUUUUGUUGUUUAACAGCCUGGUGGCCCAGGGGUAAAAAGUGUUCCUGAGUCUAUUUGUGCGGUGCCUUCAGACUCUGUAUCUCUUUCCGGAGGAGAGUCUGCAUCAGACAUUACAGUUGCACGAACCCUUCAUUUAAUUAAAUAAUGCCUGUUCCAAUAUUCAAACAUCACAACCCAUCUGUAAUUUGUGCAGAGUGAUAGUAUAAACUCUUAAAUCCCCAAGAGAGAGGACUAGAUUUAGGAGUAAUCCUCCUCCACAACACCACAUUCUUCGCUGUCAUGUCACCGAACUAUACAUUUAAUGCUAUUCUCUUACAUGUAAUCCCACUAAAAUGAUUUUCUGAAAUAGUCAACUCAAUUUGUCACACUAUAUUUUUCCAUAAUUAAUAUUAGAUUUUAUGCAUUAUUUAAAAAAAAGCGUGAUUUUAGGGAUGUUAGCAAAGUAAAAGCAGAAGUUUACCUCUAAUUUUCCUUCUCCGCAUCAUGUUGUCCUGCUACAAACCUGUUUGACUUAGCAAUGACUCAACCGUAAACAAACAGCUUAAAGAGAUAUUCUGGCAUAAAAUAAAGUUAGGGUCAAACACAAUGUAACACCAAAUUACACACCACCUCAAGAGAUGAAUGUUGCUGACCGCUUGCUCUUCUAGUUAUAUCAACUUUAGUAACGACUGCAGGAUAGCAAUACACAGCGGUCUGAGGAGCCAUAAACAAACCUCAACCAAAACACCACUCUAUAGCCACAAAUAAUGCUCAGAACAGAACCUAACUUCAUUAACAGUACAUAAAGGGUACUGUUAUUAGCUUUGAUAUUAAUCAUUUUGCACUGCAGACGCGGUUGUUUUACUGCCUUAGCGUCUCGGUCUGAUUGCAUUUCCAUGAAGAAAUGAUCAUAAAUGUUCUUCCUUGAGCUGCGUCAUCCCGCAGCAGUCCAAAAUGGACUGGCCUGAGGUCUCGCUACAAACAAGUGGCUGCUGGAAGAGAGUAGGUGAGUUGUGUUUAGUCUCUUUGCUAAAGAAAUCAAGCAAAGCUAUAAGGAUGUUUGGUGGCUAGUGCUGUGGCUGUGACCCUAUAUGUACUGUUGAUGAAGUUAGGUGCUGUUCUGAGCAUUAUUUGUGGCUAUAGAGUGGCGUUUAGUUGAGCGCGUAGCUCUCUGUAUUGCUAUCGUGCGGUCGUUACUGAAGUUGGUAUAACUAGAGAAGUAAGCAGUCGGCAACAUUCAUCUCUCGACAGGGUGUCUAACUCGGUGUUACGGUGUGCUUGACCCUAAAUAAUUUUUACACCGAAAUAUCGCUUUAAGUCACAUGGUGGGAGAGGGAAAGGACAGUUUUUAAAAAUGUACAUGCAUCAUAUAAGUAGAAAUGCCCAUCUGAAGUGCAUGUUCUUGUUCUUGUAUAGUUGAUCCUCACUUUGUUGGGAUCAUUGUGCUUAUUACCGAGUCUCCUGCUGAGCCUCUGUUGCCUGUUGUUGACUUUACUGGCAGACAUUGGCCUACAUUCUGUGUUAGCGAGGCAACAAGUGCAGCGUUUAUAACCAGACAGGCCAUUCAGGCAGUGCUCAGUGUCACAGUGAAUGGAUGAGGCUGAGCUGGCCCCCUCUGUUUUCAGUGCAGAGAGUUUGAUGUCUAUUGCAGCUGACUGCUCUUCAAAAGGACGAGCCAUUUGUCAAAGAUGCCACAAGAAAGGUGGCUCCGUGUUGGAGCCGAGCCGGGCUUUCUCUGUCUAUCAAACGCACACAUGCACACAUAUUCCAGGCUUUCACAAUUUGCAGUAGCAGCAAAGAUUAACUGAGCAAUGAUUGGCCCUAGAGUUUGUUAAAAAAAAAAACUUCCAUUCAGAGAGUGACAGACGGACAGAGAGCUCAAAACACCAUCCCCGGUGUUUGACCCGCAGAAGGGCUCGCAGCCUCGGAUGAUUUGCUGUCACGUUGUGCUGAACACUCGCUAUGAUGUUGAAUUAAUUACUGGGCAGCUUGAACAAACAGUUGGACAAGAGAGCGCUCAAAGCCAGACCUUUGUGAAAUGUGUAGCUGUGGAUUCUCCAUCUGGAUCUUUGGAGAUUUAUUUCAUGGUAAUUACCGACUUUUCAUUUGUUUCGGAGCGAGCUGGCAUUUAAAAAUGGAAUUUGGCAACUUUUGUUACUCUGGAAUUCAUGUAGAAAACUAAAAACAAGUAUUUUACUUUCCUUUUCUGGAUGUUUUUUGGGAUACAAAGAUAUUUUCUUCUUCGAUUUUAUAAGCUGUUUUUUUGCUUGAUGGUUUUUGUGCUCUUAUUGGUUUGCUAAGAUAAUAGUUUGCACGUGUCAGUUAAGCCCAGCAGAGACAGGUUCUUCUGUGGGUUCUGAUGUGUCGUCCUUGUCAGUCUGACUUCAGCAGAAUAUGACAGCCAACAUUUUCAUCUAGUCAGGACUCAGCAUAGCGUGAUACAUCUGCUAAUAGUAUGUUCAAAUGUGACAUUUCCCUGCCCUCUAGUUCUAGAUUAGAGUUCUCUGCAGACAGACAGAAAGAGACAAAAGAGGAGCUUAAAAAAGACUGAAAGUGUGUCAGAGUUUGUUAGGCAGGAUUUGGGUUGUUGCUUCAGGUCCAUCAGAUCUCAGAGUUUCUACCUGCUGUUUGUAUUCUGCCUCUGAGCUCCAGCAGUCUGCAGGAAUCUAACCCGGGAUGAACCGAUAUGAGACUUUUCAUUAUUUAUCACUUUGUAUUUGUUUAAUUCCAACUGAGGUGGGAAACAGUCCUUGCAGUCCUCCAGGUGCCUGGUCUGAAAUGAUCCAAAAUGAAUGAAAAAACUACAAGACUUCAUGGAUAUCUUCGGCUAAUAAAGUGGAUUUGAGCUUGAAUGAAAAUUGACCUGAUUUAUAUGGGAUUGGCUUUGUUCUGUUCUGUUAUAUUAACAUGUCAUGCUGCAGACAGUCCCAUGUUUGGGUGGGCAACUAAUCAAAAACUAACAGACACAGAUGCGAUUUUGCACAUUUUGGUUAUUUUUAAAAUUCUCUUACUGUAUCAACCUGAACAUACAAAAAAGACGAUGGCCAUCCAAGUAUUAUCAUGAACCAAAUUUACAGUUUUUGUUUUUGUUUUCAAAAUCUGACGUCAAAGAGUCAGACAAUCUCUCGUCACUCUGUGUCCGUUUGUCUCUUAACCAAAUCUCUUGCUUUGUGAGAGUGAGAGACAGUUCCUACAGACAAGUCUGAAACUUAAUGUCACUAUCAGUCCCAAAAAUCUGCUGCCGAACCGUGUUGUGGCAAGAAUUAAAAGAAAUGAAAGUCGUUACUGUAAAUUCAUUAAGCAUUUUUAUAGCUUCUUUGGGGAACUUUUGGUUUAGGUUAAUUAUGGCGCCCCCUUGUGGGUAGGGUAAUAUCUUUCGUCUAUUUGCUGAUCUAGAAGUCAGUGAUUUUUUUAAACAGUUCCUAUGUUACAAAGAAAUUUUGUUGUAUACAAAUCAUUUAAAUCCUACUUCAGUGCAAAGACAACGUAUCAAAUCAUGAAACUGAAAAAGGUUUUGGAAAUAAUGAGUGAAUAACGUGUUUUUUUUUUCAAUAUUUUGUUGUCCUUUUUCCAACUUUUUUGAUUGAACUUGUUGCUGGCAUUGAUUUUAAAAUGAGCACAAACUUUUCAUAGAACAACAUUUUUCAUUCUCAGUGAUCAUAUGUCGGCUUUGCAGGAUGAUUUUUUUUAAACAUAUCUUGACGUUUCGUGAACAUUUUACACAGUUCAGAAACUAUUGUGGAGUUGGAGUUGAAACCAUAACCAUGAAUCAAUACCCAGGUUAGUUAAUGUCAUCAUGUGAUGGGUUAUAACACCACAGAAGAAGAACCAAGGUUGAGGGACAGAAGAUGAGUCUGGACCGCUCUGUCCUUGUGUGUCUGCUUGUGUGUGUACAUACGCAGAGUGUGUGUGUAGCAUUCAAGCUUCAUCACACAGAAACUGAAAGUGUUGAAUGAACCUGCCGCGCUCUUGCAGAUAACUCCUUUCUUAUUUGUCCCUGAAGUCUUUCUGUUCUGGUAUCAGUCGAUCCAGUGAAAACAGGAAAUAUACAUAAACCGUAAACACACACACACACGCAUCAUAAGCUGGUCCACGCACACACACACGUACAUGUGACCUGGGAAAACAUUCCUAGACUCAUGACCAGAACGUCUGGAGGGAUGACCUGGUUUCCACUUUCCCUCGUUCGUUCUUUGAUGAUCUCUUCGAUCUGUGAGGAUAUUCAUCAUUUUACCGCCUGCUGCAGCUCCACUUAUCUGUGUUUCUGGAUGGAUACAAGGCGUCAUAUAUUUUUGGGAACUUUGUGAGACUUCACUGUUUUGUCUUGUUUGAGUAGCUGUGAGGAGGUGGAAAAAUCCCUGAGGCGGCUGACACGGAUGAGAAAGAGAAGAACACAAGAGUCUGGUGUUAACGUCUGAGUGAGCAGACAAUAAAGAGUGACUGUAAGAUAUCGUUCACUGAGAUGGAAAGAAAGACAGUAUGACUGACCUGCUGUCAAACUGAGCGUCUCUUACUUCUGCUUUGCUUUGCUUUGGAUCAAUUCUUUUGUUGCUGUUUGUCUAAUUUUUUGCCUUCUGUUCCAACACCAAAAACAAAGGCUGGCUUUUGGAAAAUGAUAAAAUGCAGGCACUUAAAAUUGUGCACUUCUGGUGUGUUAUCGUAUCAUAAGUUCAUCAAUAGGCUUUUUUUCCGGAAGCUCACGGGCUGUAUUAGUUUCAAGAGCGGUAAGUAUGACAAAGAACCAUCAUUGUAUUAGCUUUCAAACUUAUUUGUGUAGUUUGUACAAUAUACAGUGUUUAAUAUCUGUUAGUGAUUCUUACCAAUUUGUGGUUUUCUAUUAACAUGUGGAUUGUUAUUUAUUUGGAUUUACCUAUAGACAUCAUAUUAAAUCGCACCAUAUCCCAUCACAUCAUAUAUCGAAUCGAAUCUUAUUAUACCCUAUUGUAUCAUAUAGCACCAUAUCCUAUCAUACCGUACUGUGUCGCACUGUAUCAUAUUGCAUGGUAUGGUAUUAUCUAUUAUCUAUAUUACAUCUCGAAACAUUGUAUUGUAUCGUAUCACAUCACCAUACUAUACUGUAUCACCUCACCUCUUUUCGUAUUAUAUUGUAUCGUAUAACAUAAUGUCCCAUCGUAAAGCAUUGUAUUCUAUUGCAUCAUAUCGUAUUGUAUCAGAUCAUACAGUAUCAUAUGGUGUGUUGUUGUAUCAUAUUGUUCAAUGUCGUUUUGUAUCUCAUCAUUCGACUAUAUCGCCUCAUCCCAUCAUAUCGCAUUUUGAGACAACUUUACCGAAAGGAAAUCGGUAACACUUUACUUGAUGCCUAUCUCUACAACCCAUCAUAAAUAUAUGUGUAAUGCAUUUUAAUCACAUUAUAGCACUGUAUAACUAUAGUUAUAAACACUCAUAAAUGAUCAUAAUGCUUUAUAGCAAAAAAAAAAUUAUCAUGACUUAAAUGUCAGGUAUUAUAAUGUUAUAACUGUGAACAACUCACUGACAAUGCCCACAUAGAUAAUGCACUAAACAUAUAUUUAUGAUGUGUUAUAAUUUGCUUAUAGACUUGUUCAACUAUCAUUAUAAACACUCAUUAAUUAUCAUAAGGCUUUAUAACAAUAAGCAUAACACAAUAUAAUACCUGACCUUGUAAGUCAUGAUAAAAUGCUUUAUAAUGUGUUGUGAUUAUUGCUAUAAAGCAUUAUGAUCAUUUAUGAGUGUUUAUAACUAUAGUUAUUCAGUGCUAUAACACGUUUAUAACACAUUAUACAUAUAUUAAUAAUGUGGUAUAGAGAUAGGCGUCAAGUAAAGUGUUACCGGAAAAUCAUAUCACACAUCAUAUAAUCUACUGUCUUUUCAUAACUUACCUAAGAUUACCCACUUUCUGUGUACUACAAAAGAAGUACUUUGAGUAGCAGGGAGCACAAGCAGAGCUCACUCUAACUCAGUCUCUGCUUUACCUCAUUGAACCUCAUGUACUCAUGUGUGAAUAGCCCCUGUCUGUAUCUGGAGACUGGAAAAGUAUGCAGAUCCAAAUCUCCCAGGAAGGCUUUCCUAAUCCUCUCUUGUUGCAUCCACAUGAAAAAGCUACAAAUGGAAAUUGGUCUUGUGUGUUUUUUUUUUCCCCCAUGGCUACUGCUCUGACAAAAGGCGAGAGGUGCACAGCAGGAAGUCACAGAUUUGAUCACCAGACUUUAAGCUUUAUGGGUGAACAUAUUUCUGCUGUGAAGUGUCUGGCCGGCCUUAUCAAAAAGAGUUUUUUCUUUUCUUAUCGAUUAACAGAUCUCUUUGAUGUGCCUUAAGCUGCGAAUGUGAGGCUGCAGAUUUUUUUCCAAAUUCAUUUGAUGAUGCUCUUUCACUUACAGGGAGAAAGUUAAGUAGCGCAGGAUAUUAAAAAGUAUGAAUAUUUCAAAUGAUGAAACAUAAUUUGUCAUUUUAUGAUAAUACUCUAAAUAAUUCAGCUGUGAAAAAUGACGUUUAUCUUACAUAUCGGUGGUAAAAUCAUUGUUUAUUCAUGGAGACAUUGCUCAGAGCUUCUUUUGCAUAUUAAAAUGACUGACUGCACUCAUCGAACCCUGUGGUUCACAAACUUUUGUCUUAUGAUGAAAGAUUUGGGUCUCUUUCCUUUCAAAAUAAAAGCUUAGUUAUUAUGAAAAGUAUAGAGUCAAGGUUGAAUCAGCCAGUUCUUAUUUCAUGCAGCUUUCUGGUCCUUUUUUGAUUUAUUUCAGGGAUCUUUGGUCAGAAGUUGGAGGAAACGGUUCGGUAUGAACGCAGGUUUGGGAACAAACUGGCCCCCAUGCUGGUGGAGCAGUGUGUGGAUUUCAUCCGGCAGUGGGGCCUCAGGGAGGAAGGACUAUUCAGGCUGCCCGGACAGGCCAACCUGGUGAAAGAGCUGCAGGACGCCUUUGACUGUGGAGAGAAACCUUCUUUUGAUUGGUAAGGAAACUUCCCUCUGCUUAGAUUUUUGUGUAAAGCUGUUACAGACCUCUGGAUCCACAGGGGUAAACCAGAAUAAGAUUUGGAUUUUUGUUGAUGUCGCACUCAAAUAGAAAGAAUCAUGUUUGUUAGCAGAGAGGUAUCCCUUAUUGAGUGCAAAAAAGGCAGAGGGCAUUUGAAGAAAAUUUGAGUCGGACGUAUUUGGCUCAGAAUUCUCUCUUUUAAAGUGAGUCGACUAAAACUUCCACCUCAUCCACAUCCAGAUAUUGAGGCUGUAAAGGUUUGAUGAGUUUGUCACCAAGAGGCAGAAAAUUCAAACGCCGAACAUCUUCACUCAGUGACAAAGAAAAUGACUCUCCAAUUUCUCCUCAAACUAGAAAGAAAAUUGAGGUCUCAGCAAUACUGUGUGGCGUGUGGGUGGCCGCACUGCGAGACUAAAGGGCUGUUUUUUAAUGUGACAACCUUCAUCUAUAAUUCAGGGUGACAGACAAAUGCAUGAGUGAUGGAACAAACCACCUCCACAUCUCCUCUUCUGUGAUUGUCCUCCUCUUUUCACUCCACCCACCACUGUUGCCACCACCUAGUCUAAUAAGCAUAGAUAAAAUCCAGACAGGACUGUCAGGUUUUAGGCUGUACAUCGACGUUUAACCACUUCCUAUAAACAUAAAGAUGCUAAGUCAGGGUCAGGAGUGUUCUCAGUAUGUAACCUGCACAUGGACUCAUCACUCCCCUCUUAUUUCUACUCUAAUGCAACCUCUUUCUCUGCCUCUACCUCCAUCCAGGUUUUUGUUUCCCUCUGCAACCUCAUGAUACCAGAAUUAUGCUUCCCAGUCCUGGUGCUGCAGGAGCAUUCAUGAUUUGUGUUUUUCUCCAUGCCCUGCAUCAAAAAUUAAUCACUGCUCCACCUUUGUGCGUAUUUGCUUCCUCUGCAGUAACACAGACGUGCACACAGUAGCCUCUCUCCUGAAGCUGUAUCUCAGAGAGCUACCCGAGCCUGUCAUCCCCUUCCAUAAGUACGAUGACUUUCUGGCCUGUGCCAAACUUCUCAGCAAGGAUGAUGAAAUGGUAAGAAAGAGCGCUUGAUUAGUUUCUUUGUACCUGCAUCCAGCGUUGGCUUGGCUUUCUAAGUUAUAAUACCAACAGAAGUCAGCACUGAAAAGCUGAGAGUCUUUCUUUCUCUGAGACAUUUGCCCUGCUCUCUUGCUGCCUGGUCAUUCAUUUCCUGCUCUGCUCUGUCACAUAAAAUGAUUUUAGCGCCUGCAAGGAAGGUGUUCCUCUCAGCAGUGGACACCUCAGCAUGGCAAGAACACGUCCAAACUGCAGAUCAUCUGAUUUUGAGAUUGAGAUUGUGAUUGUUUAUUCGAUCAAAUAAACAUAUAGUCCAAUUUUAGACAAGGAAUUCCCUUUUUUUUUUUUUGAGAUCGAAAAGGAGUAGGUUGAAGCUUAGCUCAUGUACAUACCUAUUCUCAUUCCUUUGUAUUCAUUUACCCUUUACAUGUCUUUAGGAUUUCUGAUGUUGCCAAAAAGUAACCAAAGCUUCAAAGUCUAGCAUGAAUAUAUAACUCAUCAUUCAUACUAAAACAAAGACCUUAUAUAUAUACAUUUAUACCUAUAUAUAUGAAUAUACACACAAAUAUACACUUUAUAUUUAUACCUAGAAUACUUCAAAUCUCUCAUGCGUACCAUACCCAUAUACAAUAUAAUAAGUGUGGCAAAAUGAAAUCACUUUUGUAUGUAUUUUUUCAGUCAUACUUUUAAACUGUGUUAAAGUUUUGCUUUGUUUAAGAUCAUUGGGCGAGCUGUUCCACAGCUUCACCCCCACAACAGAAAGACACAUGCUUUUUAGUGUGGUAUGAACGCCUGGUUGAUUUAAAUUGCGUUCCCCUCUUAAUUCAUACUGUCCCUCUCCUACACUAAACAUUUUCUGUAUAUUACUAGGAAGCAGAUUGUUCCUAGCUCUAUACAUUGUCUGUGCCGUGCUAAAUUCAACUAAAUCAGCAAAUUUUAAUACUCUUAAUUUCAGAAACAAUUCAUUUGUAUGAUGGAAGAAACAGGCACAGAUUACAGACGAUGUCUCAUGGUGGGGUUUGGAAAACGGAGAUGAACUGAGAUGUUUGUAGGCUGUGUUUGGUUAAAAUGGCAUAGAAUUACUCACCUGAAGCUAUGCAUUACAAGCACAGGCAUGUGGACUGUAUGCAGGCUCUGGAGACUGUAUGCAGGUGGUUGUAGCACUGCUGAAGUUGCUCGCUCUUGGCAAACCUAAUACGACAUUGUAAAUCCGAUCCCAGCAUUAGCCGUGUAAAUGAAUAGCUGCUCGGUUUUGACUUGACUGGGCUCUCAUUGGCUGGAAAUGUUUGUCUUUUUAGGGUAUGAAGGAGCUGAGAAGGCUUGUUGAAUGUCUACCUCCAGUGAACUACAAUCUUCUGAAGUACAUCUGCAGGUAUUGACGGAUUAGAUUCAUGAUCGUUUGUUUGCGAUUCGGCGAUCAUUAAAUAAGCACUUAAAACAUUUUUUGUUUUCUAUUUGGCAGAUUUCUAGAUGAAGUCCAGUCAUAUUCAGGAGUGAAUAAAAUGAGCGUCCAAAACUUGGCUACUGUGUUUGGGCCGAAUAUCCUACGGCCGAAGGUAGAGGAUCCGGUAGCUAUAAUGGAAGGUUAGUGAUCCACUUAAUUACAUACUUGUUUUAUUCCAUCAAAAGUUAAUUUGAAGUAAAUUAUGUUAAUUUGUUUUUUGCUGUCAGGUACUGUUCUGGUCCAGCAGCUCAUGGCCGUUCUGAUUGGCCGACAUGAUGUUUUAUUCCCCUGCAAUGAGGACACCCCCUCAGCUCUCGAGCUGGUCAACAACAACAUCGAACCACAACGACGACAAACCAACACAACUACCUCCACUUUGACUGCGGUGUCUCAGAAUGCCGAGAACAACAACACCCAUACAGUUCGACAGUGUGUGUGGGAAGCACCCGAGUCUCCCUCGCAUCGCCACGUAGACAACAGCGGGUCCCCGCGAUCAGUGAGCCCUCGAAACGGGGUCAUAGGACGUUUUGAAAUGAGCCGUAGUCCCCCGCUGACUGUUAAAAAGAACCCAGCUUUCAGUAAAGGGAGUGGGAUUGUUACAAAUGGCUCCUUUAGCUCCUCCCCCUCCUUAGACCCCAAUCAAGAGAAGAGCCAGACUUUAUCAGGGAGUUUACCAAUGCGGCGCAACGGGGCGCUAAAAGGCUCCGGGACUAAAAUGGGAACCAGUGGUGUGACAAGUGGGAGCAGCACUGGAGGAAAUGGGACUGGAGCUGUUAGACUGGGUGUUUCUGGCACUGAAACCCAAAGCCGUAAUGGUCUUUGGGUCCAAAACGGCUGUGUCACGCUAAGGGACAGCAACAAAACACACAUGGAUCAAAUAUCCAACCAGAACCGUCUCUCCACGUAUGACAAUGUCCAUUUAAACCAGCAAAACCAGCAGCAGCAGAACCACAUCACCACUACGUGUCUGAACAGCAGCUGUGAAGACAAACAGAGCGUGGACAGCGCCACCUGGUCCACCUCCUCCUGUGAAAUCUCUCUCCCCGACAACUCCACCUCCUGUCGCUCCUCGACCACCACCUGCCCCGAGCAGGACUUCUACGGGGGACACUUUGAAGACUUGGACGGAGCGGGACAGGAGAAUGAGCCCCCCCAGUCUGAAAGGGGAGGAGAAGGGGAAGGUAGGAACAGCAACAGAGAGGGGAGCGGAGACGGAGCGGGAAGGAGCAGUCGGGGCACCAGCAGUAGUGACAACAGUGACGCCCCUGCGGUUGGGAACGGACCAGGAAGCCACAGCGCUUUGCACAGUUUAGUGGCCAGUCUGAAACAGGAGAUGCAGAAGCAGAAGGCCGAGUAUGAGGCCAGGAUAAAGAGGUAAGGUCUCAUCUGGACAAUAGUUUUAUCAAGGACAUUCAAUAGAAGAUCUGAAGAUAAACACAGUGCAUGAUCACACAUUUAGACAACUGGAGUUUCACUUUUUGUUGAGAUUAUUUAGAGUGCAUCACAAAUCAGUUGUGUAUCGAGCUCCACUUGUUGCCUUACGGGCAAAAUUCACAGGAUCCGGAACGGCUCCACUCUGCUCCGACACGACAGGCGGAUAAAAUACGCAAGCAUUAUAAUCAAGUGUGUGUGAUUCCACAGAAUCCAUCUACCGUCCAGCUCCACUGCGGAUUGGCAGAUCAGAUACACAGGGCUUCUAUUUUUGCCGGAUGACGGAGCAUGGCGCAUCAAUUUAGUGCAGUGCAGUAUGAGCACAGUGGAAGUUGUAUGCAUGUACAGAGUAAAAUAUCCAGUUAAUUUCAAAAUAAAAUAAAGUAAAUUCAUUGAACUGUUCUUAACUUGAUAAUAGGAGAGGCCAGGGUUGUGGGAUGUGGGUAUUUAUAUACAUCGAUUGGCGGAUCUCAUUCUGUGACUCCCGGGGAAACACACGAGAUUUCGUGAGAUCUUGAGUGUUUCCCUCACGAGAAAUAUCGGUGAUUUCGCGAGCGCUUCUCCUCCGAUGGCGGCAGCUGAUCAAAUCCGGUGGGCACUGUAUGCUCACAUAUUUAAUCCGCCUGCCGGUCUGAAGUGGAGCCGUUCCAGUGGGAUCGCCGGGUUAUUAUUUUUAGGAAUAAAAAGUAGAUAAAAACAUAUAAAACCUAGACUGGGGGCACUGUCGCCAAAACUGUGGAAGUAGUCUAUGAAUACUGUAUGAGAUGGAGCUAACAGUGCACAGGUGUACAAAAAUGUUAUCAUGGCCUUUAUAUAUUGUUUUUCUACUCCUUUACAGUUUAGAACAGCGUAACUUGGAACUGGAGACCGAAAUGGUAAACCUCCACGAAGAGCUCGACCAGGAGAGGAAGAAGUACACGAUGGCUGAGAUCAAGCUGCGCAACGCCGAGCGCGCCAAGGACGAUGCGGAGCGGAGAAACCAGAUGCUGCAGAAAGAAAUGGAGCAGUUUUUCUCCACAUUCAGUGACCUCACCGCAACUGGCAACACCACUGUAACCGACCCCCGGCGACCGGAGCGUAACAACCCCAUCUGGAUACAGUGAGAGAAAGGCGGGGCUGAGAAACCUACGAAGAAGAGAUGGGAACGGUUUUUCUGUAUGAUGUAAAGAUUACGAGGGCUCCAAACAGGAUUUGGCUGCUGGCUGUAGAGUGGAAGUUGGAAAGAAGGAAAUGAUAAAGGCAUGUUUUAACUUAAGAAGAGGGCGGUUUGGGCUAAUGAAAGCCACCUGUAUAAAUAUAGACAUCACCUGGAGUGAUGUAACACUGACUUAAUCUGUAAAUACAGUGAUAUUUAAACAAAAUCUGUCACUCGAGGAGACUCGCUGACGGACACCGUCGUAGGCACCCCUCUGACUGGGACGGGGAAUAAAGGCAAAACAUUAUUUAUGAUGAUAGACAGUAAUAAUGAUGUCGUAAUUGAGAGGGAAACUGUUAGUGAGGUUAUGAUCAGCAGGAAAAAAGAAAAAGUAGUUAGUAAUUUGGUCAUAAUACAGAGGGACGCUACAAAGACUCCUCCCUUUAUCCGUUUUGAAAAUCCAAUCUGUUGUUCCAUGCUAUUCUGUGUCUGCUCGUGUACAUAGAGGGAAAACAAUGCAGAAAACACACAAUGUCAUAUAUCUGUAUAAAGGAAUGAAAAUAAUACUUAAAUGUGUAUCUGAUAUUUAAACAAAGUUAUCAAAAUGUGUGAUGUUUUAUAUUAAGACUCUUCCUUGCACUUACAUGUUCGUUGAGUCUCAGCAAGGUGGUACUGAAUGUUCUGUAGCUCCAUGUGUGUACCAUUCAAAUUGGACAAUAUACUGUAUAUGUGCCUGUGCUUCUGUGCUGUUUCUUUUACUCCCCAUGACCAAAAAAAGAGUCUGUAUUGUAAAUAUUUUAUAGGUUAUUAUAAAUACAACUUGCUAGUUGGUGCCAUGGUUCGACACAUUUAGAUGGUUAUAACAUGAAUUAAGCUGAUAAUAAAAUGUUUUUUAGCUUGUGAGGAUUAGUUUUGAGAACUGCAUGAUGGGGUAUCGGUGUUUUUUCCCAAAUAAAAUUAGGAUGAAGACAAAAUUUCAUAAGUUAAGGUAACAAAUCAUACUUCUCUGAUUAACUGAUGUGCAGCCACUGUCUAUAAGUUGCUAUUAAGGAUGCUGAUUCCAACUCCUGGACCUUGACAUCGUAAUGGCAUAUCAAAUAAUGACAUUAUUAAAAAUGAAUGAUAUCAAUAUCAGUACCACUGCUGGUACCAAUAUUUUUGUGAUACGAAAGCAGAUACUCAUCUGUAUCGAUAUACUGUAACUAAUAUUGAUUGUUAAAAUGCUAAUCUCAGUUUUCAUUUUGGCAGUGUCAUAAUCUUAAUAUUUACAUUGUUAUCUCAACUGAUAUUGUUCUGAUGCUGAUAUCAAUACUGUUAUCGGUAGUGGUGUUGUUGUGAUACUGAUAACUGCAGUAUUGGUAUAGUUCUAAUACUGCUAUUACUUCUAGUUUUCGGAUAGUAAUACAUAGACUGACAUUAUCUCCACCGAUAUUGUAAUGAUACUGAUACCGAUGGUAUCAGUAUUGAUAUUGUUCUGAUACUGAUUGUAGUAAUAUUUGUAUUGUGCCAAUACUGCUAUAAGUUCUAGUUUCUGCUUUGUACAAAUAUUGACAUCAUCUCAAUUGGUAUUGUUCUGUAAUAAUAUCAGUACUGGUAUUGUUAUCUGUAUUGUACUGAUACUGGAAAUAGUGAUUUCAGGAUUGUUCUAUUUCUGAUAUCAAUAAUAGUUUUAGUUGUAUAACACAUAUACUGACUUAUCAAUACCAGUUCUGGCUUCAUGACAGAAAUACUGAAGUUAUUGUCUGUGUUGAUAUUGUUCUGAUACUGAUAACAAUACAGAUAUUGAUUUGUUUUGAUACUGAUACUAUCACUUUUACAGGUAAUUCUCUAUAAUGUAAUGGUUCUGAUUUUGGCAUUGCUAUAAGACCAACACUGGUACACCGAUAUUGGUACAGUUUUGCUAUUGCUAUUGGUAUCUGUAUCCUUCUAAUAUGAAAUACUAGCUUUGGAAUUUGGCAUUUAAUAUUGAUUCUAUUAUUGUUGUCCCUAUUUAUGUCAUACCGACAACAAUACUUCAGUAUUCAGUAUCAGUAUUGGUAGUAUUCUGAUAUUGAAAAUAAUGAUAUCUGUAUUGUAGUGAUAUUGAUGUUGAUAUCGUACAGUUCAGAUACUGAUGCCCAUACUAGAACAGCUCUUGUUUUACAGUUUUUAAAAUACUCCUUCAGACUCCUGACAUAAUUUUAGAUAAUUCCCAAGUCCAAAAUAAGAAGAUUAGGGAUAGGAAAGUUGUGUUUGUGGGUCAUAACUGUGAAAAAGGGGAUUACUGCAUCAAAUGUGUCCACAUUGAGGACAUAAACAGCCUGGUUGCUAGCUUCAGUUGUAAGUUGUAUGUGCAUGAUGGUGCAUGAGUGCUUGUACAGCAGGGCCAGUGUAUGAUAAAUGAAUGUUUGUAAAGCAGCUGCAAAUCAAUUGUGAGUGUAUUUAUGUAGCUUCAAACCAAAUGCGUACACAUUGGAUUAUACUGAGGGGUACAAAACAGAACCCAUGCGGCUGCAGACCUGAGCUGGACUUCUGUCAGUAAAAGUUAAGAGUGCAGAAACCUGCUGCUGGCUUCUCUCCUCUGCGGAGACCAGGUCCUGUUGAAACCUGCUGCUGGUCAGUGCAGGACAUGUGGAAUGUGCACAUGGAGGAGGUAAAAAAAAAAAAGUGCCUGAAUAAGUGAAAGACGGAGGGAGGGGACCUUGCACUUCUCAUUUUGCACCCUUCACAGGGAAGUAAUGGGUUUAAUCCGAGCUGACAGCGGCACCUCGUUCUGUGGAUUCCACACAAAAGAGCAGAUUACGGACACCGGGUGGGAGGGCGAGGAGGACGGGAAUGGUUAAAUAUUUUCAUGACAUGAUACUUGAUACACAAAAGAACUCUAAAAAGUGACUGAAUAUGAAUAAAAAGGCAUUUCAUGUUUCAUGUA